AACGCAUUGUGCAGGUGUAGUAUGUACAGAGAUCUUAAAAUAUGAUAAUAUUAUCAUUAUACGAUCGCGAUAAAAUUGAAUUGAAAAUUGACUGAUUUUGUAUUGUCCUAGGUACAUACAAUAUAAGUAUAAUAUACCUAUAAUUAAUAAUGUUUCACAAAAUAUAAUAGGUUACUCUUACCACAACAACGGUGAGCACGGCGCAUAAGACUAAAACGACGUAUAAAUAACACGGGCUGAAGGUUAGGCUAACAUAAUAUUAUACCGUUUUAAUUACAUCCCCGUAGCCCACAUUUUCCACUGAUUUUAAUAAACGAUGACAAACUUUAUCCAGGCCGGUAACACUAUAUUUAUUUUAACGAAAUUUUUGAAAAUCAAACAUUAUGUAAAUGAACUCAAAAAUAUUCAAAUUCGCUUUAAAUCGAAUUUAGUACCGUAUUUUCCAUGUUACAAACGUUAUUUAUCAUUGCGGGCAAUCUUAAGAAAACGGUUCAAAAAUACUUCCACGCGUAACGGACAAAAUAGUAAAUUAUAACAUGUUUACACGGCCGCACGUUACAAGACUUCAUCAGCGUUUUCUUAAUGUUCCCAAAAUAUUCGAGUCGUUAUUGAACGGUGCCAGGGUAAUCAGCAAUAAUAGCCAAUAAAUCGCAAUCGACAAAAUAUCCAAAUAAAAAUGCCUAUACACCAAAAUUCCCAGAGAAAAAUGUUGCCAUUGUUACACGGACUCUGUUUUAUCUGUGGUACUAAAACCGUACACAUUGCAUUUUAUUUAAAUAACUGUAAGCCUACUUAUAGCCUCUAUGCCUACUUACUUAAUAUUUCAAAAAACCCCGUCGAAUAUAAGUCAUAAAGUAUAGUGUUUACCAUUAAUAAUGUAUAACGUGCGUUCUAACUCUGUUAAACGGAAUUCAAAGGCCUUCUCGUUUGUUUUUAGUAAAAAUUGUUGGAAAACCGUGGAAAAUCACAGAAACGCCAUAUUACAGAUUUAAUUAAUUCGUGUUUUAUUAACAAGUCGAGGGAAAAAUAAACAGUUAUUCGCGCUCAAGCGCACAUAUUCGUUUGAUAGUAUUUAAGACGUAAUUAAUUCGUGUCUGCAGUCGAAUAAUAUCAUUAUAUUUGCUCACAAUAAUAUUAUUAUAUUAUUUGACACACCUUAUGAAAUUCCUUCGUGGGAAUUUGUGAUUUUCAUUGUUACUCUGCGAGUAUGAUUGAACGAUUCAAGGUCAGUAUAGACGGUAGUAAUUAUUAUCGAUUACUGCAUUCCGACAAUUAUUACUUUUCUAUUCUAAAAUGAAAAACCGUGAUUGUACUUUUUAGUAUGGGUACCAUAACGAGACACGCACAAUACUAUACAAGUAAUUAAACACAACUCAAGUACACAGUUCAAGGGAAAUACAUAUAGGUGUGCAUUUUUGUUUUUCUUUAUAACACUUGUCUUUUGUUUCUACACUCUGCAGCGUAAUGAAAGAUGUUUUACAAGUAUUUUCAUUUCAAUUGACAAAUGCCGUUUUAAAAUUGGUUCGAAUAGUUUUCAAACGGUUAUUAUAAUAAUAAUAAUAAUAAUAAUAAUAGUACACAUCACGGACGGAGCAAAGUCGAGAAACUAUUCGAACAACUCGAACACGUACAACCCAAACGCCGAGGAAAGACGAGAAGUGUACGAAAGCAAACUUAUUGUAUAUUAUAAUAUUAACAUUCAAACGUUUUACACCGUAAUGUCGUGCGGCGACUGUAUAAUCUCGUUCGAACUAAACGAAAAAACAUAAUAACAAUAAUAUUAUUGUUGUCAGAUUCGAUCCGCAAUCUAAUCAUUUUCAACUGCGCCCAAAGGUAAGGCAAGACAAAUCUUAGUAAAACUAAUCACGUCACUGUUCCGUAAAAUAAUUCAAAAUCAAAUUCAAAAACAAAAUGUUAGAUGUAUAAAACGGGUAGACGUCCAGUAUUCCAGCGAAAAUGUACUAUUGAUUGUUUUUUAUUAAAAAAAUUGCCUAUUUACAAUUAUUUGCACGUUAAUAAAAACCACAAAAAUAGCAUGCAUAAUAAAAUAAAGCUACGAGUAAAAAAUGAAAUAGUCUCGUCGAAACUUCUUGCAAUAUUAAUAGAUAUCAAGCAAAAAUUGUAUAUAUGCUAAAUAGUUAUUUACGAGUGUAAGACGUUGCCGACAACACAGGGUGACAAAACUAAACUCUUGUUGUACGAAAACAAAAUAUUCGAAAAAUUACAAUAUGGACAAAUACUAAAUCUUAACACUAACGAAUACAAGGGGAGAAAUACCAGGACGAAUACUUUUGAUAUUUUUGAACUUAGUAUAUUUUGUUGAGAAUUAUUUAUUUGACUUGCAAUGUUUGUUGUGUGAAAAUAUUAAUUAUUUACAAACUCGAGCUGGAGUCAAAUUUAUUUCAAUAUUUUUCCUCCGAGUCCCCAUUCUUACGUCGGGCCCGUUACAGCCGCGCGAAGAUGAAGUAAACUGUAAUUAAUAAUGCGCAGUACUAUGCACCGCCGCCGGUAUCAUUGAACAUUCGACAACCGAUAGUGUUUCUGGCACAAGUUACAAAUAUAUUAUUUUCGACUUCCUGCGGUGGUGCGAAUUACAUAAUAUCUUCGUUUUAUUGCAAAUUAUAGAGACUCCCGGUAUAAGGUACGUAACCCGCCUCGGAGACGUGUCUGGGAUUCAUUACACCUUAAAAUGCUGGCAUUGUUUCAAUCGGCGAAAAUGCCGAUUGGAGAGCUGCGGCCUAUGGUACAAAAAUAAUAAUAUAUAUAUAUAUAGUUUACCCGUACAGCGUAUAACUUCGUUAUUAAUACUGUAUGCUGUAUACUAUACUGCUCCGUUCGAGCAUAACUCGUUUGAACAGAAUGAGUCGGAAGAGUUUUUAAUUAAAUUUCCCCCUGGCUUUAUUAUUUUUAUUAUAUUUUUUUUCGCCGGGAAUUUCUCGGAGGAUUUUCCGGAUAUUGAGAUAAUAAACGAGAGAGUCGCCGCGUAUGUAUAUAAUAAUAUACACGUAUACCGACAACAGAAUAUUUCGAGUUCGUAAGAUUUCUUUGGUCGCGUUUUAUUAUAUAGUGCCACGAAAUAGGUUUGAACCUUCCAUCGCUAUAUCGAUGUUAUUGACGUAUUGUAUAUAGCGUAUUGAGCAUAUCCGUUUUGUGAUCACGUCUCACCGAUGGUUAUUUCCCAGUGGUCUGCGUUUACGCGAAACUAACAAAAUAAUUAUCUGCGAAUCGCAAUGUAUGAAUAAAUGUUAUUGUGAAUUUAUCAACGUUCGGUUUAACUAAAUUUCGCUGACCAUGAGUCGUCUUUGCACAUAGACAUAAAUUAAAUAACUAUGUACCUUACCUUCCCAACUUGAAACUGUGGCACACCUAUCAUUUUGCAGUAUCAGUAUUUUUAUUGUUAUUAAUAUUCUUCAUUUGCGAUUAAAAAAUGAUUGAUAAAAUAAUAUUAUUUACAUUUUAAAUCUCACAUUUAGUUUGAAUUAAAACUAUCCCUAUUUCGAGAAAUAAUCGUAUUUUUUAAAAAGUAUACUUUGGAGACUGUUAAAUACUUAAAGAACUUUUAAAUUUAAACGUUUAUUGUACUCAUGGAUAUAAUACAAGUAGAAUAAUCUUAGGUUGAGCUAAAUAUGUAGUAAUAGGUAACCGUAAUGAUUAAAUAUGUAGCUAACUUCUAUUCUAUUAUAUUUUUUUAAACCCCGAUUAUAUCUUAUUAAAUAAAUAGUAAAUACAAUCAAAUACGUUCGCUGAAUUUUUCAGGCAUACGUUUUCGGUUCCAUAAACUAUGUUUGAAAUUAUUGGCCAUAAUUGGCCGUGAUGCGUAAGCUACUAAAUUGUACAUGUCUAUUGCGUGACAGGCAACCAAUCGGUUUUUCGAUUUUUAAGUUGUACUUCUGAUUAUUAUAUAUUCUGAGUGGAGAGAGAAAUGUAUUGGUUUUACAAUGAUGUUUAUUUUUUUUUUUUCUAUAGACAACUUUUCUACCAGCAAUUUUGUUCUGAUUUACAAUGAUGACACUUUUUCUGAAAGAAAAUCUAACUGGGAUGGUAUUUUAAAGGGGUCAUUUUUUUUAUUUUCCCAGGAGUUUUUCCAAUAAAUGAGAAAAACAUGGGAAAACAGGGAAAUAGAUUUAAUAUUAAAUAAAUAUUAAAUAUUAUUAAAGAAAAUAUAUAACGCUUAUGUAAUUUUUUUACCAUGAUAUGGCAUAUAUAUUGUUGAAAAAGCAACACUGUUAACUGAACUUCGCUCAGAAUCGUUUUUUGUUAGCAAUGAUAAUCGUUGUGUGCACGAUAUGUAUCAAUUUUCCCUCUAUAUAUACAUUUCCAACUUCUCACCUACAACAGUGGCCCAUCCACGUGUGAAGUAUGUCCGUUUUUUUUUUACUUGUACACUUACCCUAAUCAAAAACUUCAUAAGAUAUAAGUUAAAUAUAUUUAUUUUACCCUACCUUCCCUAAUUUUGAUUUGUUUAUUAUUAUUAUUAUAUAAUGUGACAGCAAAACCAUAUAAAGGAUGUGUAAUAUUGUUAUUUCAAAUAAUAAUCUAUUUCUCUAAACCCGUACCUUAUUUGACAUUUUCAUAUUAUUUAUUUACUUGAUUGAAAUAACUGCAAUAUUAUUAAUAUUAUUAAUGGUAUAAUAACGCCGAAAUACCCUAGAUCGCAUUUGUAUACUAUUACUAUGCAGAUACUUAAACUAUGUUUGUUGUGUUUCUGAAAACAAAUUUCAGCCCUCUCUUUCCUAUUUGGAGAUUAUAAGAUCUGCACUUGCGCGUAUCUGUUUAUUCAUACAAAGUACUCGAGUUUUUUCGUGUUCGGAAAUAUUUAUGACGUUGACAUAAUAACGUAGAGAACUAUCGUUAAUCACGAGCCCAUUGUCCGAACGAUUCGCGGGGCUGCACAAAAGAAAAACGUUUUACGCGGUUCCAUCUGGCGAUUGGUUUCCGAUAAAUUGUUCGCAGUCACGUACCUAUCGUACGUCGUCGUAAUUCCAUGGCCACACCUGUCGCGAAUUUUUAAUCCAACGGUGACUAUGAGAGGCAAUUGCAGUCGUAUUACUUUAUGUCCCUAAGCUGAUCCCGAACAGCCUAUUCAGCGUUCAGACCCAAGUAACCGAGGCAACGAGAAAACCAAAAAGGAAAAAAUAAAAAAAAAAGUCUAAAAUGUAUGUGAGUAUGUGAACUCCCGAGUAGAAAUUGAAAUUGUUUAAUACCUCAUUCAGAUAUUGUGUGUUCCCUACUUCUGUCUUAUACUAUACUAGCUUACAUUUUCAGACCUCUGGGUUCCGUUAUAAAUUACAUUAAAAACAGGUAUAAGUAUUGUCGUGUGUCGCAAGGUUUUCAAUGUUUUUAGGCGAACUCAAGAAUCUAGAAAAAUGUUUCCGAAAAGUACUUGUACGGUAUGAAUAUCUCGGGGGAUUUUUGCCGAUCGAAUAGUGGCCAUCGAUCUGGAAAAAAAAUAACCGCCAUAGAAUAUUGUAAAAUUAAUACUUCCGUCACUACGCUCAGGACUGGGGCUACAAUAACCAGUCAAUUUUAACGUUCUCCCUCGACCCUCCCUCGGUGAAUCCAAUGGAAAAUAUGGACAACCGAGUGACGUUUAUUAAGCCCGAAUGACGUCAGACAAUAGAUCCAGCAAGUGUGCAAAUUCCCGAUGUCGGAUCGGAAACGAGAAAUCACCGAUUAUUUAUUAUUAACGGCCACGGCGGCGGGUAUAUAGGAACGGAACAAUCGUACCGGUCAAACACGCGUGCACGCCGGGUUCGUGGAUGCGGGGGAGACGAGCGGCAGUUUUCGAUUCGACGUUUUUUUUUUCUUUCCGGGUCAAGACCCCGGCCGGUGGUAUAGGCAGAAAGGUCGUGAGAGUGAAUGAAUGGGUGGGGGAGAGUGGACGGUUACUCGAUUGGGUCCAUCGUCGAUAAACGGCGGUAAGCUGAUUUAGUCACGUCUGGGAACGCGCGAAAAAACGUUAAGCCCGGUUCACACACAUGGAGCGAGUAUACGAACAAGAGAGUCGAGUUACCGGGCUGCUCGUUCGACAUUUGUGUAAACUCGGAGCAAAUAAAUCGUGACAGCGUUGACCGAACGCUAUCCUCCGGGAUUAUGGAGUAUGAUUCACCUGUGAAAUUUGUCACGGAAUAUUAUAAUAUGGGUGGACGAGAAGUGGCCUGGAAAAUAUACCGGCUCACAACUCGACUCGAUCCGGAUAUAAAGCCGCGGUUACGUGCGUUUAGUAUUGGUGUCACGUUAGUGAUAACGUUUCAAUGUUUCAACUAAAAAUAUAGGCUGCAGUGGUGUCUACAACGGUUUAGUAGACAAGUGAGCGCGAGAGGACAUGCCUACCCGGUCGAAAAAUAAAAAGUUGUUUUCUAAUCACUCGACUAAAUUUUGACUAAAAUCGACACUGAAAUUAUUACCAUGUCCAGUGUACAUUAUUCACAUUUUUCAAGGAAAAAACAAUAAGCGACUUGUUUCAGUAACUCAGUCGAAUACUAACCUUGUGUGAACCUAGCUUAAAGGCAAAUAUUCACACAACGCACAAUCGUUUCAAUAUAUUAUAGAUCGUUUCGCUACAUACCAAUAUUUCAUUUUCAUUAAAAUUUCACAUUUCUAUCGUGAAUAUAAAUUCCGGAUUUCGCGGCCUUUUCUGAGGUAUGUUCUUGGCUUAAGCCAGUCUUGUCCAAACCCUAAACACGGCUCUAGGCUAUGAGGAAAGUAUACUCGACUCACUUAUUUAUAUAUUUAUGCGACGCAUGCUCGGACGUGUGAACCGGGCUUAACCGACGCGACCGUGUGGACCGGAAAAAUGGGCUUUUAGAGGUGUGCGUGUUUGUGUGUACACAAUAUUAUUGGCGGGCGUGGUAAAAGUAACUCGCGCGCUUCACCGCUUCUCCUUUCCGCCCUUCCAUCCUUCCCAGCUAAGCUUGAGUAUACAGUAGUUUAUACAUGUGCGCGCGCGCGCGCGCGCGUGUGUGUUUGUUUACGGACUUCCGGAACGGGGUGGAAAAAACCAGAACAGCGGAGGUUGUGGUGGAGAAAACGCACGUAUAUUGUACGCGGUCCGCAGUUGUCCGGUUUUUAUUUCUUUAGUACCUAUACACUUUUUCGGACGGUAUUUCUAUUGCUCUCGGACGGGGUUUUUUUUCUUGUUUUUUUCCUCCCCCCCCCCGCCGUUCACGCAAACCCAGCCAUCACCGUGGCUCCGCCCGGCGGUUUUUUCUCCAUUCCAUAUAGGUGGGUUAGGCUACCGCUUAUAUGUCUAGUUGUAGAAGUAGUAGUACUAGUAGAAAUAGUAGUAGUAAUCGUUUGAGGCGUAAGUGUAUAGGUACCUACGCGUUUUCGCGCGGACGUCAUUAGCGGUUUCCCGUCGUUUAUUACACGCAUUACUACCCUCUCGGGACUGGAAAUCCGUGCCCGGACUCGGGUAACUGUACGAUGGUAAUAUGUAGUUAUAUGUAUACAGGGUGUUUUUUUAAAGUCCCGUAUUGCUCUGCAGCUAUGAUAUCUCUGAGUCAAAAAAAAGAUAUUUUUUAGAUAUUUAUAAUAAUUCCAAUUUUAUUGUAUAUCUAUUCAAUUGAUUGCCAAACAACUACUAUUAUUAUAAAAGAAAAACAUUUUCUAUUCCAUUUUCCAUUUUUUUUUCACCAUCAAAAAAGUAAUUAAUUUGUUAAUAUUUCUAUAAUCUUCUUCUUCUAAUCUCUUAUUUACUCAUUCCUUGUCCCAUCAUCUCUCGUCACUCUACUCAUCCAAUUAAGUAUUCUUAUCUUUGCACAGAUGAGUGUAGACUGCUACAUGCCACACUCAUUAUCUCUUCUAUUUGGCAGUUUACCGCCCAAUACUCCGAACGAUACAACAUUAUCACACUUUUGUAGAACUUAACUCUAAGUCUCAUUGGAAUUAUCUUUUCACAUAAAACCAGUGUUUGGGAAGAACGUCGUUCAUGAACGCACGUUCAUAGUUAAUGAACGAUACGCGAACGUCAUUCGUUUUUUUCAAAUAGAACUUGAACGUUUACGACGUUUAUAUUUUUAAUAAAUCUAAAACGAUUUUUAAGACGCUCAAUUUAUUUGGCAUUUAAUAAAUUUAUGUAUAUAAUCUAUUAAUUUUUUUAUUUUAUAUAAUAAUGUUAUCAGAUUUUCCUAUUAUAAUUCCUAUUAUAUAUUUUAUUUGAUGGCAAAUUACAAAAAAUUAAAUACAUGCAAUUCCAGCGGACACAGAACAACAAUAAUAUUGUUAUAAUUUCCACAAAUUUGUAAUAAAUUGCAGGUAUAACUAAUUUAAUGGGCCAAUAAUAAAAAUGAAUAAGUGUAAACGUAUUUUAGUGGUAUGUUGCAGUCGUAUGGGCUAUAAUAGGCUUUAUCGUUUAUCAUCAGUACCGUCGAAUUUAAAUUUAAUUACAAAACGACAGGGACACGCAGAACACGCACGGAAUUUAUUCGUAGUUGUGAUUAUUGUAAAACGUGUAUCUGCUGUGCCACUGCGGUCUGUGACAUUUAGAAUUAUUGUUCAAUUUUCAUUGUUUUCAGUAUCUCAGUGAUUUCGGCAUAUUUGACUGUAGGUAAACUAUUUAUAUAAAAAAAAAAAAAUUAAAUAAACGACCUAAUGAACGCAUUUAUUUUUUCAAAGAACGUGUACGCGUUGGUUUGAAGAAAACACGAACCUGAACGAAUUCAUUUUUUUAGUGAAUAUUCCGAACACUGCAUAAAACACCUUACGCUUCCUCCCACAUUAUCCAACCACACUUAAUCAAAUGUUCAUCAUUCAUUAACAUUAACAUUUUAGGUACUUAAAAUCCAACCUCGCCCAUAAACGCUCAUUGUCAUCAAUUGUCUUAUCCUGUUCCUCCAAAGUGUAGAGGACUCAUACUCUGUUUUAAUUAUACUUAUCCUUGGUACAUUUACUACAAGUGCUUCUCUCCAUUUUUCAAGCCUAUAGUUAGCCAGGUACAGAAGGUACAUUUAACGCUCAAAAACAUCUUUAAUUAUUUAUUUUUUUUUAAAAAAAAAGCGUUCUAUAAAAUUGAAAAGUCUCACUACAAAUGACAAUACACAGGUAAUGCAAGGUUUUAUUUUUGUUGAUUUCCUACCAGUGAUGUUAUUCCUAACACCAAUAUGGGUUUCCACCCAUAUUAUCUAUAUUAAUAGAAUGAAGUAUCUGUCUAUCUGUUUGUGAUUUGUUUUUUGUUUGUGCGCAAUGCACAGCCGAAUCUAUCGUACGCAGAUGUCUGUAAAAUGCACAUGGUACAGAAGCAUAUUUGCGAAAUUAUAUCCUCAAAAAGAUCGCUCAUACAAGAUUUUUGGUAUUUUUGAUGCGAAAAUUGAAUUAUGUAUGAAUUAUGAAUUACUUAAUACCUUAGUGACAAGAAUAAAAUAAAAACCAAUUUAUUUAAGUUAAUUUGAUUGUCACGAGUAAGAAAGUAGCUUUAAAAAAAAAUAAAAAAAUUACCGGACUAUAACGGUUAACUAGGGAUGUGAGUGAAAACGGAGAAUCUCGCGGAUUGAGGGAACACAAUUUUGUUUUUUAAAUUUACUUUGUUUUGUUGUUUUUUUUUUUUUUAAUACUACGCACGGACAAAGCCAUGCGGGACAACUAGUAUUAUGCAUAUAUUUAAAUCUCAUAAAAAGCUUUUACGAGUUUCGAUCACAAUCUCAGACUGCUGUCAACACACGUAUGAUCAAUAUUCGUAUAAAUAUUUAUAAACAGAACUUUUUAUACAGUCCCUAGCGUACGACUUAAAAUACGGACCUGAAGUAUAUUAGUUAGAUCGUUAUUGUUUUUCAACACUACCUAUACCUCCGGCGUCAAAUGUAUGUAUUUUUUUUUAGUUUUACGAAUUUUACGAUUUUGAUACAUUAUAUUGGCCGCUUUUGAAAUAAAAAUGAAACUACCGAAACCUCAAUCUAUCAUUCACAACAAAAUCCAAUGCAAUUGGUAGUUUUGUUAUAAAUUUUAAAGUAAUAUUAAAUAUUUAAUUACCAGUUUUUUGAAUUUUGAAAAUAGAAACUAUUAAACAGUAUUUUUUAUUUUAUAUAUAUAUAUAACAGUAUUGGUUUUAAAGCGACGUUUAUUAUUUUAGAUUCUAGACGAAGCGAGGAAUGUAUUGGUUUUACAAUAGUGUUUAUUUUUUUUUACACUGUGUACACAAAUUCUACCAGAAAUCUUGCUCCAAAGUAUCAACUGUAACACAUUUUCUGAAAGAGGUUUUCAAAAAUAAUUGAAAAUAAACAUGGAAAAAACGGGAAACUUUACGAAAAUAAUGAUUUUAUAAUUUGAAUUUUGUUUUUUGGUUUUGUUGCAAUUCACUUUAAACUGUUCGUAGGAACUUUGGGAAAUUUGAACAAAACCUUAUAUUUGCCUUUUUUAUACGUGGUAAAAUGUUCAAAACAUUUGAACCAUUUUUAAACUUUAAUAAAAAUUUUAAUUUUGCAAGAUUUGUUUCUGUAAUAUUUUUUUGGAAAGUACUCUGUGAAUAUAAUUAUUAGACCAAACAUAAAUACUUGGAAAUUUAACAGAAAGUUCAUUAUAAUUUGUACUUAGUGGAGAACAAUAAAACGUAAAAUUUAAUGUGGUAUUUUUUUUAAAAAAGAAUUACAAUAUUAAAUUUUAAUAAAACUCGUAAAUAUUACAAAACAACAUUUUUAACUGCUCCGAAGCAAUGCUUAAUCGUAGCGUACAGAUAUACAUUUAUACAUUUUCCCUCAACCUUCCCAACUUAUCACCUACAACAGUGGGUGAUCCAUCGUGCACAGUAUGUUUGUAUUACGCACGAUGUUUUCUACUAGAAAUCUUCAAUAUAAAACCGACAAAAAACUAUUAUUGUUGCAUUUUUAAUAUAGUUCGUGAGUAAGAAAGUUGUUCUGUAAUUGUACGAGUUAUUUUUAUAAUAAUUGAGCAAAACCGAAAAAAACCUAGAAAAAAUGAAACAAUUUACAAAAAUAAUGGAAUUAAUAUGGAAUAAAUAAUGGAAUUUAAAAAACCGGGAUAAACGGGAAAAACGUAAGAAAAUUGGGAAAAUCGGUAAAACAUUAAACAAAUAUUAUUCAAGAAAAUAUACAAAGCCUAUUUAAUUAUUUUACUAUCAAAUGACAAAUUUUGUUGACAAAGCAUCAUUAUCAACUGAACUCCGCUCAGAAUCGGUUUUUCGUAAGCAAUAGUUUAUCGUUACAGGUACACAUUAAAUUAUCUAUAACAGUGGCUGCACCCGUCCCCAUUAUUCUAGGACGUCUUUGUAAUUUUGCUUUUGUUACAACUCAGUAAAAAACAUUCGUAGAGACUUGAAAUUCGGACAGAAAACUAAUAUUUACCUUUUCUAGACGUGGUAAAAUUCUAAAAACAUUUGAGUGUAAUUGGGUAUAAUUUUUAUAAGAGUUUUAAUAUCGAAUUUUGUUGACAAAUUUUCUAAACAUGUUUAACAAAACUUUUCUCGGAAUCGUUUUUUAUAAGAAAUGGUUUAUCGUUGCUUACGGAUAUAAAUUAAAUAACUUAAUGUUAUCCAUUUUCUCAAUUUUCCAACUACAAAAGUGGCACACCCGUCCCUAUUAUCAGCACUAUUUUUGAUGUAUGCUCUUCUGGUGACUCAUAAUUAAAUAAGCUCAAACUCGGGAAUUGGAAUAUUCAUGUAGGUGGAUUGAAGUAAUAAAUCAUUGAUUUAUUUUCAUUAUGAAUUUUAGCGUAGUGUUGUGGGAAAGGUUGUAUUUUAAGAUUUAAAUACUCCCAAAUAUUCCCAAAUAAAGCAAUUUAUGAAUUACGUAAGUGUCUAAAAGAAUUUUAUUAUUAUUUUAUUAAUGUGUCUUAUGCAUAAAUGUAAUCAUUAUUUGUUUUACUUAUAAGUAGUAUAUAGUACUAUACUAUUGUAAUAUUCGGUUAUUUUCUGUUUUAAAAUGAAUAUUUCUGUAUUACAAAACAGUCGAGAGAAAAUACAACUUUUUAGUGACGGAGCACUACUUCGCACGGGUAUUUUUUUUUAUUCUAUUCUAUAAUCGAUUGUUGUGCUGCAGCAGUUCCAUUUCAGAAGAAUUGAUUUUACAUUUUUCCUUUUUGUUGAAAAAAAAAAGAAAAGAAACUUAACGAUAUAAAUCAAAAAUACGUUUUAUCAAUUCUGACGAUCCGAAAUAGAAUUAAAUAACAUUAACCCGUCGUCUGUAUUCAAAUUUCAAAGCGCCCAAAAGGUUUAUGUUUGGCAUUUUAUUUUCGGGUUCGCCGUCAUUAUUACUAUUUUACCAUAAUAAUAAUAAUAAUAAUAACAGUGUAUAUACGAGAUUUUAUGGUUUUUUGAAAUUCUACCACAUAAGAAUAGAUAUAUACGCACGUAGCAUAGCGACAAACUACAAAAGAAAUGUUAUAGUGUACGUGUUUGGCGUUUUGUGUUCGUAUUAUGUAUACAUUUUAUAUUAUACGAAUCUUCUAUCAUUUUGGGGUCCGUUCUGGCAACAUUUUCUAUUGAGUAAUGUCCGUGAAUGGUUUUUUUGCAAUACACAUAUCUGUCUAUGAUGCGUGUACACAGCCAGCCAACUAACUACAGUUAUACACAUUAAACAUAUAUAUAUAUAUAUAUAUAUAUAUUAUAGUUGUAUAACAUAGUCGGAAAAGCUAAAAGUGUUCCAUUGAAACUUCUUUUUAACUUUCUCCAGCGGAAUUACCAUUGUCAACCUAGUCUUAUGAAAAAAAAAGUUUUAUAUUAUCAAAAGAGGAAAUCGUGUAACGGCGUGGCGUUUUACUUUUGCCUCGGGAAAAUACAUUUUAUACCCGCGCGCGGGUUUUGUUGCGCGGAAAAAAAUUGAACAUAUUUCGCCCUGCUAUAAAAAUAAUAUAAUAAAAAAAAAUAUAUAUAUAUAAUAUAAUAAAAACGAACCGAGAAGGAAUUGCUGCUGCAGUCGACUAGAUUUAUCGAUCGGAGUUUCGUUACUGUGUAGAGUGAGCAGACACACAUACACACGCACAUACCUAUAUAUAUAUAUAUAUAUAUAUAAAUAUAUAUGUACUUGUUAGGGUUAAGUAACUUAAAGUUUUUUUAUUUUGUUUUUUGCCGUCCCGUAAUUUGUGACAAUAUGUGAGAGAAAUAAAAAAAAAUAAUUCCGUUCCGUCCGACGCGCGACGCGGCCCUUUAUUUCGCUUCGAAGAUUUAUACGAAACUCUGCAGUAACUUAAUACAGCCUUUGAUGAUACUACUGUAUGGGCAAUUUAAAUCAUUAUCAACGUCGAAACAAAUAGAGAACCUUUAUAAAGAAAACACGAGUGCCUACAUAAUACUAUGACGUUUAACCCCUCUUAAACGUCAUAGUCUCAAUACCGGUGUUUAAACGUAUAACAGUAUACAGCUCUUAUCACAAAUCCGUCAAAUAAAUACAUUUUCGACCGCGGUAUCUCACUCUCGCAUCUCGGACACCCCGGCAGAGGUGGCCAUCGGCAGUGGCAUUGCAUUUCAACCUUUUGCGUUCUACAUUUUAUCGACGACGACGCGAUUAUAACAUUUUAUGCGGAUCAAAAACCCAUUAAAAAAAAAAAAAAAUAAACAAAUAAACAGACCGGCCAAAGUGUUUAAAUCCCUCGAAUGACGCGCCUGAAUACCCGUAUAUUAUACACACAUAAUGAUAAUAUUAUUAUCGCAGUAAUACAAACGGUAAACACAUCGCUACGACACACGUAUCACACACGACUUUAAUAAAAUGCUGUUUGCGCAGUGCUCUGCAUCAUCGCUUCGCCCGUCCGCCGUUUGAUUAAAAACCGACACCAGCUGCGACGGCGUAUUUAAACGACGGGAUAUCGCGCUCAAGUCGUAAAACUCGCUAUUUAUGUACCUAAUAUUCUAUUCAAUAUAUUAUAGUAAUAACAACGAAACGGCCAGUGGCGUGCGGAUUAGCGAUCGAGUUUUAUCGAUCGUCCGUGCAAAUACAUAAUGCACGGCGGUCCUGCGACCUACGCAAAAAUAAGUCGCGUUCGCGUGUUAAUUUGUUCUUAAUUGUAUUAUAAUUUAUAAAUGGCGCUAUUCUUAUCACGUAUCCCCGCGUAUUCGAUUUUCGCUCGGAUGUCCCACGAGCCCGCCAAAAUGUUAAUAUAAGAUAAAGCCACAUCCGCGUAUUUAUACCUCAGUCUCACCGACGAAAGACACGGCGAUAUUUUCGCGUGUAGGUUGGAAUAAUUGAAGUUUAGAUGAGAUUUUAAUAGGACGAGGACGGUGCUAGCUGUUUUUCCGUAAUGUUGUCGAACAAAAAGUUACAGCUUUGUAAAACCCUCCAAAACAGACUUGGCCGUAAAUUUUCUGCAGAUAUCGACAAUAGUGAAAACAAAAAUAACAAUAUAAACGUACUUCCCUCGAAAAUAUCCUUUUCUUUAAAUCUCGUUUUUUUGCGUAAUAUAAUUAUUUGUCUAUGUUGCCCGUGACUAAUUAAACUGAGACAGUUUAGACGCAUGCGUGAAGAUCCCGUCGUAGUCGAAUUUGUCGACUACGUGUCAUUCUAACGGACAGUAGAGCAAAAACAUAUUCACGUAAAACGGACUUGAAGACCGUUAAAAUAAAUGGUUUAAUAUACAAAAUACCUAUGAUAAAACUUAUAGAUGUCUAAAUUUUUAAGAUGCAUCGGCAUCUAUUGAAAUUUUAAUUAUUUAAAAAAAUACAGUUCUCAAAAAAAAAAAAUGUACUUUCAAUGCGAUUUUUUAUACUUUUAGAGGAGUUUAAUGUUAACAGCAUUGUAAAACACCGACGAAAUCGACAUCAUAAUUUUCUCAUUCGUACGUUUUCUCUUAGGUAAUUUAUCUUUAAAAACAAUUUUAAAGGCUUUUUCCUUUGUUUUACGUGAACACAUUUUUGUUAUACUUAAAAAGAAAGAAAGACCGAAAAUGCCAUUGCUCCUUAAGUAGUAUAAAUUCUCUUGUAGAAUUAUACUACGAGCACCUAUUUUCCAAUAGCAUAAAUAUUACAUUAAAUAACCUAUACUCGGACGACCCGGGGGAAUAAACCAAUUUAUUUGCUAUGUGUGCGAUAAUAUGACUAUCAUUUUGUCCAACGGAUCGUUUUACGAUGAAUAAUCCUAAUAUUAGUUAUACCAUAUAAAUGUUUGUGUUCGCACAAAAGCUCUCUCUGUGUGAUAGAGGGUACAUUGUGCAAUAAUACAGAGAAUUUGUGCACCACCAACCAAACUCGAUGAAAAGAUUUUGGACCUGUUCAGAUUCGGACGUUUUUAAUUAAUUAUACAUAAUAUAGGUACUAUCAGUAAAUUUCCGUAUACACGAUAUGUUUGAUCGCUCGUAAGGGUAGGAACGGUGUAUAACUGGAAAAACGACGAAUCAAAGAAGAUAGGCGAGCUGAGUAUGAAUUCAAUGUGGGAUGGGAUAUAGGUAUAGCCCAAAGAUAGAGUCGCUAUAGAGAUUAUUAUAUGGUUAUCUUCUUGUAUAGUCGAAAAAAAAAAGAAAUGAUUUUAAUACUAUUCUAAAUUAUUUAAAGAAAAUAUAUUUUCAAUAUUUUUGUGUUUGUAGUUUUAUAUUACAAUACCUAUUUUUUACUUAGGAAAAAAUAAUCUACUACAGUUUGAUUGAAAUCAAUAAUAAAAAGGAUAAAAUAUGAAAUUAUUUUGCUUGAUUUUACAAUGUUUUGGUUCUGUGAAAUACAUGUUAUUUCAUAAAAAAGACAGACAUACUUCGCACGUUGGUGCAGCCACUGUUGUAGGUGGGAAGUUGGGAAGAUAGAAUACAGAAGCGUAUUUAAUGUAUAUCUCUUAGCAACGAUAAACCAUUGCUGACGAAAAAACGAUUCUGAGCGUAGUUCUGUUGAUAGAGAUGCUUUGGAGAAACAUUAAAACUAGAGACAUUCGCUAGAGAAAUUUUUUUUAUUUUUUUUAUUGAGACAUUUCGUUUGGUAUAUUUAUCACUAUAAUUGUGUAGUGUGUUUUGUGAACAAAUACAAUAUUAUUUUUCGCUCGCAGUGAAUGUCGUUUUUUCGUAAAUAUGUUUUUUGGGUUUAUAAUUUUUUUAUCAUAUUAUUUAUCAAAAAAUAAUUUGAUCAAUAGUGAUCGGACACUUUUCGGAACGUUUUGUGUAUAUUUGUUGCUAUCAGAAUAUUGCAAAUCACCAUCAAACGUAUAAUGCAUAUACUGCGGCGUAUUUUAGUACAGACCGGAUAAUAACUGAUGUUUGAUUAAUGUAUAAAAUGUCUCUCUCUAUUGUUAAACAUGUACAAUAUACUAUAUUAUAUUCGUUUUCAGUCUUUGCCAAAUUCAAAUGAAAGCUAUAUACAAUAUACAAUAUAUAUAUAUAUAUAUAUAUAUAUAUAUAUAUAUACAUAUACUUAAGAGGAGACAUCGCUAUAAUAUAUUAUUAUAAGGGUAGGUAUAGUUGGUAAAAUAUAACGUCAUCCAUCUUACGUGCCUACGUCACGGGUAUUAUUUAUCUAUAAUACACUCGACAACAGUAUAUACUUUUGAAUACCUAUAUACGCACGCCCGUUUUUGUAUUUUCGAAAUUAGAUAUUGACAAAAUUUAAAAUACAAGAAACAAAAUUGUUUUCAAGGUUAAUAUCCGUGAAUUCAUAAAUUAUUCAAGUUGAGUAGUUACUAGUUAAAAAGUUAAAAGUUAAAUUAUAAGUUACUUUUUUCAUAACUUUUAAAAUAAAUAUUUUUUUUUUUUUUUUAAAUACCACUAUGUUGAAAAAUAGUUAUUUUGUUUUUAGUAAAUAUUAACUUCCCUAUUUAUUAACUUCAAAAUUAACGAAUAAUUACGAAUUUUUAUAAAAAAAAAAAACAAUGUAUACUUAUGUCGUUUACAUUUAUUUUUUAACGAAAAUUACGUGAAAAUUAUUACUAAGUAUAUAACCAGAUGGGCAUGUGAUCUAUGAAGCCAUGCAGGAAUAUCAGAUACCCACUCGAAUGCAUUGUAAGCUUAUACAAUUUAUAAAAUUUCAAGUAUUUGAGUACAAUAUACGUUUAUGAGUGUAUAGUAAAGGAUCAUUUUAAAAAAGUGACUUUUAACUUAUAGCAUGACUAUGUUAUUAUUUUCCUGAAAGUGUAUAAUUUAAAUUAGUUACGGAAAUUAAUUUAAGUUUUAAAAUUAAAUUUAUCUUAGCAUAGUUGUUUUGUGUCUUAGAAUAACUUGCUUUAAAGUAGUUAAAAAAAUUGGUACUAGCAUUAAAAAUUAAUAAAUCGAUAUAUUAUACAUACAGGGUGUCCCAAGAAGAUAUACCCAUUGUAAUACUUACGGAGAUAAUAAAAAUAAUCAAAUUCUUAUUUUUCAUAAUACUUGCUGGGAUAAGGACUAUAAAUAUUUAUGUUUCAAUUAAUUUUUUAUACUUUGGCAAAAAACUUAAAAAAAUAACUUUUUAUUUUAUUAUUUUCGAAAAAUUUGAAGGUAGCCAUAAUAUAAAGUUUAUUCUUCUGAAAAUGUUGCCAUAACAAACUUUCAUUUUCAUUAAAUUCUUGAUUUUUAAUAUUUUAUUUAAGUUCAAAGACCAGAAGUGUAGGUAUAGUCAAUUAUUCUUAAUAAUAAUAAUCAAUUAGCGAAUGCGAUUACAUUAGCCCGCUGCAUAAUUAUGGGUACUAUUCUCUAAACUUGAAAAAAUCACGAAUUCAAUGAAAAUAAAAAAUGUAUAUGUCAACAUUUUCCGAAAAAUACAUUCUAUAAUAAAAUUUCCAUCUUCAAAUUUUCCAAAACUAAUGAAAUGAAAAGUCAUUUUUUUUUUUUAAGUUUUUUAUCAAAACAUAGAAAAUUAGUUGCAGUAAAAAUAUUUGUAGUACUUAUAUCAUUGUGAGUAAUGUAAAAAAAAAAAACAGAAUUUAAUUACCUUUAUUAUUUCCGGAGAUAUUACGAUGAGUAUAUCUUGUCAUCGACUAAAAUGAUAAACACGUUUUAGAUAAUUGGUUAUCGAUUUGAACAGAGGGUGUUCUGCGAAUAAAAGUAAUUAAAGGGGUCAACCGUGUAGGUCCAUUUUUGUACAAAAUCACUUUUUACGUUUUUUUUUUUUCAAGAAAACAAAUAUUUCCAGACUGAUAUGGUAAUUAAAUCGUUUGUGUUUUUACCCGUCUAGUGUCUACAUUGGUUAUGGAUAUUCAGAUAGAGUGGGCUUGUCCGAUUAUCCUAUUGUCCCCUUCGAUUAUUGUUGCAACGAUGUUAAGUACUUUCAGUGUAAUAGUAAAUAAUAUUGUAUUAGUUUGUAUUAUAUCCGUAUUGGCGUGAUAAUGUUAAUCUGUGACAAUACGCGCGUGUCGAAAAAUGGAAAAUACCCCGCAACAAUUCAAAUAAGACUAGUUCUUUUUUCUAAUCAGUUCUCUUUAAAUUACUAUAUUAUGGACUCAUGUCAAAUUAUUGAGAAAUUUUUAAUUUACGAUCCGGAAAGUUUUUGGCCCGGAGAAAGAUUAUACAGACUGCAAUAGACAUUAUAUAAUUAUUAUUGUUGAACGAAGUGAAUUGAAAAACCGAAUAUUAUUUGAAUUAAAUUUUUUAUAUGAGUUUAUAAUUGUAAAUUAUUAUAUUUUUAUCAUGGCGUGUGUUUAUUUAUAUUCUCUGGAAUUCGAGACAAAUAUGAAGUAAAAACAACUUAAAUUAAGUAUGAUAAUAUAUAUAUUUUUUUACUUUUUGCUAUGCGGUGAACAAUUUCCAGUUUGCUUUGAAAAACUUUAUUAUUUUGAAUCAAGUUAAUUAUAUAAGUACCUGCAUGUUAUUUAUAUUACUAAAAAUAAUAAUGUUUCAAAAUUGACUAGAUUUGACUAUAUCGACAUGAGUGUCUCACGUUGUGUAUAUUCCACAAAAAAUUGUGUAAAUUUCAUUUUUUUCAAAUUACGUCUGUGUUAGCCACGUAGAUUGUAUUUUAUAAAAACUAUUGGUGAACUUAAACUCAAAAUAAUAUCAAGAAAAAAAACAUUUCGACUGACGAAUACAUUUUUACUUCUGGUUUGUUAUAUUUAAUUCAUUGUUAUUAUCUAAUAAUGAUGAGGGUUAAUUGAGUAUGAACAUCUUAACGAUUUAAUGAGAAUGGUAUACAAAUAAACGCGGGCACCAAACGUUAACGGAUGAACAAAAUAUUUCACUGACGACGAACAAUAAUACUUCCAUGGCAAUUUUCGAAUCCGUAACAAAUAUAAAUUAUAAAUUUAAUUUAAAAUUCUUCAUAAAAAUCGAAAUUGCCAUUUAAAUGUUGACUAUCUUCGGUAUUUUUUCAGAAAUAUUUAACUAUUAUAAUAUAAUAUGUGGCCCUCGAGAGCCACAUCAAGUAACUUAUAAAGAUUGUAUGAAAAAAAUAAAAAAAUAAUUGUAUAAAAAAAAAAAGUUAUUUUAUGUGACACACACAGCGACACACCGUAUUUUAUAAUAACAAUAUGUUUAAAACUAUUACGACAACUAAUUUUUUUUUUUUUUUAAACAGCAUGAUAUCGUUUGUAUAAUAAGUAUUAAUAAUUUGAUUUGUACAAUUUGCUGUCAAUAAACCACUAUCGCUCGAUUGUUAAAAUUUUUUUUUGUUUUAAUGCAGACACUUGAACAAAACACACAUUUUACAAUCGCUAUACGUUUAAUUAUUCAAGGUAAAUUAUAAUAAUUAUUAUUAUUUGGAACGAAUCGACCUAGACUCUUGAGUAAAAAUACAAGUUUAUCAAUAUUAAAAAUAAUCUCCCUCGCAUACACGGACUCUUUACCUGCAGAUACCUAAUUUACGUAAUAUUACAUAGGAAACCCGUUACGAAAUUAUGUUGAAAUUCUAUAAUAUAAUAUAAUUUUUAGGUAAGUAUACGUAUUAUGUUAUCUGUACAAUUAUAUCUCUGCGCUGUGAAUGAUUUCGACAAAUCGUAAGUAUACGUUUAAAGUUGAUAGGCAGAUAAAAGAGAGUCUAUAUUGUAUUAUAUGUAUAGUAAGAAAGUGGUCAACUCGACAUUGCACUGUUGAAUAGGCCACUGCAUUUUUUUACUAUCGAACAGACCGAACAGUGCGGCUGAUGGAGGCUUUCUAAUCAGUGUCAAAAUUAUUAAAAUCUAAUAUCUACCUAAACAUAAUAUAUGUAUUAUUUUCAUUAAAAACUAUCCAUUGUAACUGCGAAUGUGAAUUUACAGUCUUUUCUGUUUAUAGCGAAUCUCUUCAUAUCGGCACACUGCGGAUCCAAAUAGCUUGUCUCGUGAUUUUUCCUGUGUCUUCCUAUUUAUGAGUGUUUGCCCAUACUUCAAAAAUGUUUGUCAAAAAAUUGUUCUGCAGGUGGUCCCCUAGCUGUAAGAACUCGUCAUAACUCUUCAUUUUUUUUAAAAUCCACAUUUCCACGGCCUCUAAGUUUUUCUUAUCCAGUGAUGAUCCAUAUUUCACAACUAUAUAAUAACAGUACACUACAUAUAUAUGGCAUUUGGAAUAACUAAACGUAUAGCAGUACGCCAGGCCGCAGUUGCAGAUUUGACAGGUGUGGGGAAAUUAUUCCCCCUUUGGACUUUUUUUUUUAAUUGUUACCCCCUGUUGAAAUUGUAGAUACUAAAGUUUAGGCUAUCUAUCCUCAUUUUAUCAAUGCUCCAAAGUUAAUUUGUAAAGUGGGGCAGUUUUUUUUCUUUUAUAACAUUUUAUCCUUGAUGAUUACUGUUUAAUCGCCUUAGUUUUUCGACCUUCCAAGAGCAUUGGCUAACAUACAUUAAUGUUAUAGAAAUGGCCUAUCUAUUUCUUUAUUAUUUAUGCUGUAACUAAACCGUCGAUGUGUAUGUAUUUGAUAAGUGUUAUCAAAUGAACAUUAAUUAAUUGCUAGAAUGUUUAGAAAAUUUAACCACAUCUAUAAAAAGCCAAUAUUAGUUAAACAAAUUACAACAAAAGAACAAAAUCGAAAUAAUGAAACCAUUAUUGCCGUAAACUUCCCCGUUUUUUUUAUGUUUUUCCUUAAUUAUUUUGAAAACUGCUUGAAAAAUAAAAAAAAUAACUUCAUAAAAAUACUAACUAUAGAUCCAAAAUACAAAUAAAAAAAAGGUUUUCUUGUCGUUUUAUCGAUUAAAGUAAAAUUUCUUGUAAAAAAAAUUAUUCACAAACACAAAAAAAAUUUACAUAUUUUAUAAUAUACAUUAUAAUAUAAAAGUAAAUUAAUUUUAUUUAACUGCAUGUAUAUUUUGUAUAAUAGUAUAUUGUAAAUAAAUGGACUUCCAAAAUUUGUUUCAGUUUGUCCCUUCCUUAAAUUAGCUUUAGAUUCGCCUCUUGUUAUCCAAGUUCCAGCAAGUACCUAUGUCAGUGUUCUCACCUUCAAAUCUCUAUUUCUUCUUAAAAUGGGCUUUGAAAUUUAAAAUAUGAAUUAAACUUAAGUAGCUUAGGACACUGCAAAAAAAAAAAAUGAGCUAUUAAAUGCCUUUUCAAUGGAGGAUAAUUUCAAAAUUUGAAUUUUUGUUACUAUCUGCCCAAAAUUAUGAGGCACUUCCCUUAUAGGUAGAAAAGUAAAAUCUUACACAGACGUAGGUCUUAUAUUAUAGCGUAAGUAAAGGAUCGGGUCUGAAAAUUGUAAUUUUUUCGAAAUUAUUGCCAUUUUAUAGAUAGUAGUUUUUGAAAUGACGCGCAUAUAUGUUCAUCCGCUUGAGUCGUCAUUGACUUUGAAUGUGUACGGCAAUAUGUGAUUUUUAUAGGACCGACAAUUUACUUCAUAUUACCUAUAGUCUGCUGUAACAACAAUUAGGCGCCUGUUGUAAAAUAAAACUCUCACUGGGACCCGAUGCAUUCGAUAGAAACUCUUAAAACUCAACAGUCGCCCGCGGCACAAUCAAAGCCGUAUAAUAUAUCGACCACAUAUUACAGGUACCUACCUACACGUUUUUAUGGCAGCCGUGGUAAACAUAACAAUAUUUUAUUAUUAGCACGACACUGCGCGCUAUAUAUUAUUACACAUCCGGUAAUCCCGUCUAGGGGCCAAAGUUAAUAGAACACUACCUAUACAUGUAUACAAUAUAUAUUCUUUGAGUUUAUAUAGUCGCUACCCGCCGAAUCUAUAACGAUUUCAAUCACGACGCCUAGACAUAAAAUAAAAAAGUAUACGCAAAAUCCUGUUCGUCACGCUAUACUCUUGGCCCGAUGGGAGGGGGGCAAGUACAUAUUGUAUACGAAACCAUAACGACUAUCGAGCGUUCGAGCACGCUCGAACGCUUUUGUAAUAUCAACUCUUCUAACUGUCUUGCUGCUAUAUACUCUAUACUCAGCAGUCAGCUAUUCCGAAUACGAUUGCAGUAUUGGAAAAUAAUAGAAUAUAUUAUUUUUCGUGCUACCGAUAAAUUUAAAUUAAAUGUCAUCUCGGACAGGCGUAUGACUUUGACAUCAUACUGUAAUAGGAGAAAUCUGAACCCAUUGGGAACUCGGGCAUCUUUGCUUUUUAAACGGCUUUUCCAAAUAUUCCUGAUUACUCAAAAGAUAAAAAUACCUGACCAAAAAUAGUGGAUUCGGUCAUAUGAUGAUCAGGUCCUUCGUAUAAUCGAGAAAAUUGUGAUGUGUCGUUGCCCUUUACAUAUUGGCACACUGUUUGUUCUUCCAAAAAAGAGACCCGGGUCAAUGAAUUCUUACGUUCAAAAAUUCUUGCGCUUCACCAACUUUCGGGAAAAUCCCAUUCAUAAAAUAUACACAUAUAUACACGAGUACAAUUAUUAUUGCUCAUUAACUAUGGAUAAAAUAUUUAUUCACUAAUAUAAAAAACCUGAUUGGGUAUUUUGGGGGCGCAAAGAACCCCUAGAACCCCCUAGUUGCGCCUAUGGACAUCAUAUUAUAAUUGAUAGGAUAAAUGAAUACAUUUAACUAACAAUUUUUUUUUUAUAAGACAAAAAAAAAUUAAAUUUACAAUCUGUAAACAAAAAAAAAACAAAAUUUUUUUUUAUUUUAAGAAUUUUAAUAUUAAAUUUUGAUGAAAAUUUUAAAUAUUACGGUCUUUUAAAUCAUUUUAAAUCAUCGUUGCGUACAGUUAUACAUUAAAUUUCUUCUUUAUCUUUCUAACUUCACACCUACAACAGUGUCCCACCUAUCGUGCGAAGUAUGUCCGUUUGCUUUUAAUAUCAAACAUUUGCCAGAAAUGUGUUUAACACCACAGAUAACCGUAUGCACUGCAUUAUACUGCUGGCUCUAUUCUUUUCCUUUUGAGAUCGUCAUUUAAUCAAAAUAUAUGGGAUUGAUGUGGGCCAUAUAAUGACGCUGAGAUUUCAAGAACAUUAAAAAAAAACACCACUGACCGAACUCGCCAGAAAUUUUCAAUACAUUAUUAUUGUACGAAUAAUAUUAUAUCUAUAUAGUGGUUUUUUGACACCAAAAUCGACUUGGCUGACCGAUUUAUACGCUCGUAUAGAUGGGAAACGACGAAAAAGGUCGCAGCAUGUGAAAUAUUACGUCGUUGGUACGAUCGAUCAUUAGUAUUGUAACAAGGCGACGGUAAUUAUUCAACGAUGACAUUGACAUGUAUACUAUAUACGUAACAGCGGUAAGUACCCAUGGGUAAUGGCCAGUGGUAGUUCAAAAUUGUUUUUCUAUGCAGCAGUUUCAGUAAAAAAGAUAAAUACUUCAUUAAAAUCGGAAGCCGUAACUAUAAGACUAUAUACUUUAUUUUUUUUAUAGAUUACAUUUUUAUGAAUAUUCACCCUCAAUAUUUUUAGCCUGUAUACAACGUAUACUUGUACAAAAAUUGGAAAUAUAAUCUGGAAUGUUAGUCACAAAACCGUGUUUUUUAGCAUUCAAAACAUCCAAAUCACUGAUCUACCGAAAAUUUAAUUUCCAUUUAUCUAUUAUCGAGUGCAUACGAUAAAAUACCUAGUGAUAUUUACUAUCUGUCGUUACCAAAAUCCUGAACUCCAGAGCAUUUAUUGACACUAUUAUAGUAGAAUAGAAAGUAUCGUUCAUAAAAUAUUGUAAAAUAUAGCUUUAUAAUUAUAAUUAUCAUUUUAUCCGAGGGAAGGGGUGGUUAAAUCAGCAUUUUUUUUUUUUUUUGUGAUAAUAGUACUACGUAUUAAAUAUAAUUCUAAUUAUUAUACCUCCUAUAUAUAUAUAUAAUUUUAAAUUUUAACGUAGACUUCCAUUUUUUAUUCAAUUUGAAACUAGUUUUAACUUAAUAUCAGAAAUAUUUUAACUUAAAUGGAUGAAAGUAUUCACGCUCUCCCUGUUUGAAUAAUACGAUGGUCUUUUUUGUAAAACAUCUUCGUUUUUUCUUUAAAUGCAAGAAUUUUGUGAAGAAUUUUAAGUUUUCGAAAAUUUUAGUUUAACGGCUAAGUAAUUCUAUUAUUAAAACUAUUUAUGAUAGAACAUUUACAUCUAGUCGAAAAUAAUUUAUUAAAUCUUUACUGUAAGAAAUCGAGAAUAGGGCCCCAGAUCCACUAUCGCCAAGUAAAAAUUACUCAUUAACACCUCCAGAUCGUAAAUAAAUUAUAUAAACUCCUGAAAUUAUAAAUCAUUAUGUUCAGAAGAAGCUCAUACAAUUUGUGACGUAUACGUUGGUUUUUAUCUAACAACAAAAUGGUCUUACGUCGAAACAGUAUUAUCACGAAAUGAUGACGGUGACUUGUGCAAGUUUGCGUUUUUAUAUAUUUCUUGAAAAAUGCUGUCCGGAAUUAAGCUACUCAUUGGUGCGCUGUUCAUUAUUAUGUGUCAUUACAUAUUUUCUACUACAAUAUUUUUUAGGUUUAAUAUUGUGGAGAUUUUCUCGAUUUUCUUGGUUUUCCCAUGUUUAUCCUGGUUUUUCACAUUUGCUGAGAAAACUCUUGAGAAAAUCGAAAAAUUAUCUCCUUAAGUACAUUUCUAGUUAGAUUUCUUUUUAGAAAAAGUGCUACUAUUACAUUUUGUAGCGAAAUUGCUGGUAGAAAAGUUGUUUACAGAAAAAAAAUUCAUAAUAUUUUACUAAUAUAUUUCGUAAAUUUUCCCGUAUUUUUCUGCAUUUUUCACAAUUGUUCCCAGAUAUUACGAAAACCACUUGAAAAAUCAAAAAAUGACCUCCCCAAGUUACCAUGGAGAUAAAAUUUCAAGAAUUUCAGAUAAUAAGCUACAUUUGAUACAUCGGAGCAAGAUUUUUAGUAGAAAAGUUUGCACAACAAAUCAAGGGGUAUUUUGCGAUUAAAAUAAUCCGAGCGAGUGAUGGCUUGGGUCUUUAGAUGUACCCAAAAAGCAAUUUUUUUUUUUCAAAAAAAAAAAUAAAAAUCUUUCUAAAACCAAUACAUUCUAACGCUACACUCAUAAUCUAAAAGAGUCAAUUUAUAUUUUAUUUUAUUUUUAACGAAAAAAAAGACCCCGAAAACAAAACUUGCUCGAAUGUUCGUAUAAUCGAUAAUCUAUGGUUCGUAUUCAAAAAAUGACCACCCUGCAUAUAGCCGCUGCCGUUUUGUCCGUAUACGAGAGAACAUUAUCAUAUACGCCAUAUUAUAAUGUACUUAAAAUAUGUAAAUAUCAAAUAUUGUUAUUUGUCGCCGCGGUAGCUGUGUAUAGGUACUUAAAGUCGGCCGGAAAUCUCAUAAUCUUUCCGGCGACGACGACGACGUAAGUAUACACUGCAGCACUAUCGCACCACCAUCCCGCGGUGUCGAGGUUUUUCGAAAGGAAUUCGUUUAAAGGUGAUAACAUCGCGUCCGCACCUCCAUCCAUUUACCGCUAUCCCCCGCCUAUAAGGACAAAACGCCCUCGUCGUCGGCGCAGCGAAAAUAUAAACCCUUCAAUUUCCGACAGUAUACAAAAACCGGGCUAAGAUUUAAGGAUUUCAAAGGGCGAAAUUCAAAAGCGAUUAACACUGCGGACCGCCUUUGUGCCGUGAAAGACGGUGCGCGGCGCCCCGAGGUGAAACAAUACCUCCGUCUGCCGAACACCGAAAAUCCAAUCUAGACCGGUAUUACGUUUGAAUAGUGUUUAUAAUAUUAUGUAUUAUAAUAGUUGUGUGUCAUAGGGCGUACGCAGGACACAUGCAUAACCCGAGUACCAGACCUGAAUUAUUAAGGAAGGCAAGGGCGGACGAUUUCCCGGGGCCCACAAAAACCAUAUUAUUAGUUAAAACAAAUAUUUGAGAACCUUUUUUUUUUUUUUUUUGUUGAAAAAACGAAAUAAACAUCUUUGUAAAACCAUAAGCUUUUUCGCUCUACUCAGAGUUUAAAAUGUUAUCAUAUUUUCUAACAGGUAUUCCGAUAUUAGUUUGUGUAUGUAGUUGCUUACGUAAUUAUUGACCGAAAUUCGCAACUAUGUAGCCGGCUAUUCAAGAAAUUAGUUUUAAUGUGAAAAAUCUAGGCUAUUUGCAAAGAAAUAGCUGAUAUUCCGUUAUUGUUAUUCGUAAUUAUUUUUUAUAGUUGUUAUAAGAAACUGUAUUUAAAAACUCUUUUCGGUUAAUAAUAGACUGUAUCGCUUCACAUGCCUACUAAAAUAAGAAAAACUACACAUUAACUACAGUUUGAACACAUCUAAUUCAUACAUAAACAGUGUAGUAGUAUUUUUGACCUUUUAAAUUCAAUUUCUUAUAAUUUAUAUGAAAAAACAAUUUUAUUAACUAACAAUAAUAAUUUCAUAAAUUCAAAAACUGCUUUUGAAUUAUAUACGAAUAUAAUACAGACACGCAUUUUAAACAACGCCAAGUAAGUGGAAAGGAAAUGUCUGGAUGUCAAUACGUUUCAAUAAUUUAAAUCAAGUUUUAUUCUUUCAAACAUUCUUGUUGAAACGGUUUUCUUGGUUCAGUUGUACUUCGACAGUUACAUUUGUUGAUCUCGAUUAAGUGUAAUUCGGCUAACAUAAGUGCAAUACGACCUUACCUAAUAUGUCGAAGAUUCAACAGCGUUGGAUCCACACCUUAAUUUUGGGGAAGAGGGUUGAAACCAUUUACAGAAAAAAAACCUCGGUAUAUAUUUUAUCACAAUGCAAGACAAAAGCAUACUAUACUGCCGUGUUGGGGCGGGGGCGCAAAUGACUUUAUCGUUCCCUCCUGGAUCCGCCACUGCGAACCAAUUCCGUUGGCAACUGGUACAUAUUAUAAUAUAAUACGCACGCUAUAAAAUAAAACCAUUGCCUUAGAUAGCCAUGUAUGUAUCACGAAUAGAUUAGAUAUACUCGUAUACUGUUCGUAUCGAUUCUACUUGAAAUGCAUAAAACGGCCAGGUAAGGAAAACGGGAAGGGUGGAAACGGACUCCGAAGAAAAAUGGUUCAACAUCACUUGGCUGUAUACGUGCGUGUGUUCGUCACUAUAUAGUAGAGCUAUCGGAAGCCUUUCGAUUUUUGAGCACGGAGCAAACGUCGGUAUAUCCGCGGAGGGUAACGUGAAAGCAAACAUAUUGCUAGUAAAUCUUUAAUUCACUUGUGUGUGGCCGUACGAUAUUCAAUAACGGUACUCCUAUCACAAGAGGGGUAGAUCGGACCAUUUUAGAGGUUAAAAUGUUAAAUAUACGGACCAUAAUAUAUAUACGCGCGUUCUGCGUGUGAAUCGAAUACAGUAUUCAAUUUAGAUACAGCCGAACAUUAAUUUGAAAAAGCUGUUAUAUAUUUUUAACGAGCUAUAUCGUUCGUGUGUCGGUAUGUGCGGUAGCAAUAGGUAAGUCUGGACGUGUUAACGAAUAAUAUUAUUAGUAAAUCGGAAAAAAAUUAUCAAGUUAAUGCACGGAAAGUUAAUUGUCUUUCAGAUUAACUUAUUUAAAUUAACUUAAAAUUCAAUUAAAUUUAAAUUAAUUAAACGCGGUGAAUUGGUCAACAAAUCGAAAGUCAAAAGUUGAAAUUAACUUUUCAACUCGUCAAUUGGUAAUUCAGCCUUGGUAAUAGGUACCUAUAAAAAAAUCGAUAACUGUUAUAUUUUUAUAUUUUAAAAGUGAUAAAUAAAAAAAUCGAUCAUGAAAAUAAAUAACCGAACAGCUAUAAUAAUGUACUCAGUAAUGUAUCGUUGAAUCAACGGCAUAAAUUAUUUUUAACGUACGUUUAUUAAUUUUAAUUCGGUCGGAUAACAUCGGUGUAUAAUUGGAAAAUAUUUACCGAGGCCGUGAAGAUCUUCCUCGGUAACACCGUGUCUAUUCUUUUUAGUAUCUCCACAAUACAUUUUUUACACACGCACGACAGCAAGUCAUUAAAAAAAUAUAAUAUCUAUAUAAUUGAAUCCGUGGGAUUUGCCCGCCGAUCCCUGCAGUACCUACAUAGUGUGCAUAAUAAUCAUGUUGUAUAAUACUCGUUAAUGCGAAUAUUUUGUUCGAAAAUCGUAAUACGUAUAGCCUUUGACUUAUUGUUUUCCGUCCGCACUAGUAUACAUAAAAAAAAAAAUGAAAAAAAUAUCGGCUUUAAAAAACAUUCACAAACAACGGCUUUCCCCUGCUGCAGCAGCAGUAUAGGUACACAUAAAUAUACAUUUACCAACCUGUGUAUUAUUUUCUUGUAGUAUUUAAAAUAUUUAACUCGCUUUUGCCUGUUUGACUAAGCCGUUUUUCUCGAGUAGAAAACUCGUUAAUGAGGAUAUUUUAAAACCGGAAUCGUAUGGAAAUCCCUUUGAAAGUUUCCCCCCCGUUGCGUUUUUUUUUUUUCAUUUAUUGUGUGCAGGCGAAUGUUUUUCAAAGAUAAAAUAUGCGGAAUGGAAUUAUGUAUAUAGUUGCAAAUGUCAUAUUAAUGAUUGCAUUUAUAUUUUCAAACCCGAGAUUAUUACGAAAAAAAGAAAAAAAAAAACAUUAAAGAGUUCGAAAAAAAAAGCGAAGGUAAAUGGACUAUACUUUAUUUAUUCCUAGAGACUUUUUGGUCUGUAAUUUUGUAUUAUUAUUAUUAUUAUUAUUUUUUUUUUUUUAUAUAAGAUCUGUUAAAAGGAAAAAAUAAGAUAGUACACGUACUUACGACCUUCAGAAAAAAAAGUUUUUUUUUUUUUUUGUAUUACAAAUUGUGCUACACACCAACUGCUUUUAAUAAUAUAUUGACUUUCAUCAACACACACGUAAGCCAAAUAUAUUAUUUAAAUGACAAAAGAUUUCAAAGGCAUUAGCUAUAAAAUUAAAAAUUUAACUAUACAGGGCGAUUCUUUUAUCGUUAAACACUCAUUAUUUCGCAAUGUAUACAGGUUGUUAUACCACGAAGAUAUUCUGUUUUUGGUAAAUUAUUCACAUGGAAGAGGACUACAAAUAAUUAUAUUUGAAUUAAUUAUUAUAUUUUUUUUUUUAUUGAAAAAUUAAAAAAAUAACUUUUUAUUUUAUAUUUUCGGAAAAUGUUAAGAUAUCCAAUCUCUAAAGAUUAUUUUUCUGAAAAUUUUAAUGUAUCACAAAUUUAUAUCCAAUGAAUAGUUUCUAAGUAACAGCCGUUUUAAAAUUCUACUAAUCCGAGUGAAAACCGAUUUUAUCUAGGGAAUAACCUAACCGUAUUAACCUUAAUGUAUGUUGACAUUGGUUUUCACACGGAUUAGUAGAAUUUUAAAACGGCUGUUACUUAGAAACUAUUCAUUGGAUAUAAAUUUGUGAUACAUUAAAAUUUUCAGAAAAAUAAUCUUUACAGAAUGGCUAUCUUAAAAUAUCACGUAUCAUAUACAAACAAAAUCUGUUUUUAGUUUUUCACAAAACAAGUUUAUUGGGUAAAUAUUUUUUUUUGGAACAACAAGUCAUCAUCUUUUUUAAUUUGGGUAGUGACUGAAUUUUUGACGUCCCAUAACUUUAUUUAAAAAAAAAAAAUGAAAAUAAAAUCCUAUUUGAGCUUCUUAAAGUCGACCCACUAUAACGAGGUAGUUUCCUAUUUAAAAUGCAUGUGUUUUUUCGUUUAUUCUGAAUUUUAUUAAAUAAGGCAUAAAGAAUUGACAAAAAAAAGUAUUGCUGUAUGGAAAUGAUUAACGUUACGCUUAAACGAGAUAAAUAAUAUUGGUUUCCGUCUAAAACAAUAAUAAUUCCUCUAAACGUUAUUGAAUAUGUGACACAAGUACAUUCUCAAACAUAAAAUUUAUCCGAAAAACGUGAAACGUUCAUCAUUUUGAAACUAAUAGUGUUUUCUCUUCACUCAGAAUUCAAAAUGAGUUUUACGAACAUAAUUUGCUCAGGCAUCUGGUAUACCUAUCCUACUUGUAUAAUAUAAGUAUAAAUAAUAUCAUUUACAAAAAUUAAACUGAAACAAUAUAAAACUUUGGAGUUACUUUUACAAAUAAUUUUAGUGUCAUUUUUCUGUAAGUCAAUUUUGUCUACUUGGUAAAUGCAUAGGUCAUUUUUUUGAUUUUCGAAACGGUAUUUAAAAUGAAAACGAUUAACCGGGAAAAAAAUAUGAUUUUUUCACAAUUUCGUUAUUUUAAAUAAGUUACCAUCACGUUUUCUAGCAGAAAUAUGGCUCCGAUUGAAUAACGACAAGAGACCAUAUUUUUGUUGAAUCUUGUAUUUUAAUAAGCUUUUUGAAAUCAAAUUUAAACGAAAGUCGCGAAAAAGAUUACGGCACUUUAAAUUAUGUAUUACCGAACUGCGCUCGGAAUCGUCUUUCGUCAGCAAUUGAUUAUCGUUGCUUAAUGUAUCAAUUAAAUAAUAUUAGGACGUAUUCUACCUUCCCAACUUCUCACCUACAACAGUGGCUGCACCCGUCCCCAGUAUGAGCCUUUUUUUUUGUCGUUAACUAUUCAAGUGUGUAAAUAUUAGAUAUACUUGUUAUAAAUGUAUAAUAAUUUAAUAAAAUUUAUAUUCAAAUAAUAUUGAAUGUGAUUAUCAAGGUAUGCAAGCAGGUAGUUAGCGAAAUGUAAGUUUAUAUUACAUAAUAUUAUCUAAAUUUUAUUACGUACUAACCUGGCUAUUGAACGAUCGAGAAUGUUGCACAGUCUCAUAUCAAUCUUUAUCGGUCUAGAAAAAUAAUUUUUAAGCUGUAAAUAUAAAUGCAAUAAAAAACUAUGCCUAGCAAAGAACGCUUCUCAGCGAAUUUCAGUUAAUCGUAUUUUGAAAUGUAAUUUUUAUGAUUUUUGAAAAAGUUUGAACUUGAACGUUUUGUAAAAAAAUAAUAAUAACUACUCAACUAUUUUUUUACGCGUAUAGGUUAUAAUGAACUUUCAAUUAUUUUUAUUUUUCCAAACUAUUUUAUCUACAUAAUACCAAAUAAAAACUGAAGAAACUCGAAAAUGUCAAAUGCUCAAAGUAUUCAGUGAAAAUAUCAGCUUUCUACGAUUAUUUUUAAUCGAUUUGUAAUGAAAAAAACAAAAUCAAAAAUAAUUGAUUGCAAUAAUGCCGUAACUAUCCGGUUUUGCUACGUUUUUCCCGGAUUACCAACUGGUUUAUAGUUCCACAUUGUGUGUCAUAUACGUAAAAGAAAUUAAAGCACGUUUUUGAACGAUUUUAGAGACAAAAUGUCUAAUGCAAAACACAUAUUAUGAUGUUCCUAUGGUAACAGUUCUUUGCUAAAUCUAUUUUAUUAUACCUAGGUGUUUUAUUCUGAAAUCAUCAUAAAGGAUAAUUUUUCUACUUUGCGUGAAUACGUUUACGAUCAAAUUUCACGACAACACAAGAAAUACAAACGAUAACGACUAAUGGCAAGACACAAUUUCUAAAUUUAUCUUUAAGUGAAUUUAAAUAUUUUCAAAUUGAUAAAUGUUCAUUUGAUUUUCUAAAGUCGUAAAAAUUCCAUCUACGCAAUCCUUUAAAUACCGGGAGUGCACCCAUGUGGCCAUGUCCUCAUAUAUAUUUUAAUUGUGUUCCCCUUAUCUUAUUAUAAAAUCUUACACAAUAUCCUCUAUAAGGCCCAAUCAUUAUUUUUGCACAGCGUAGUGAUUCUUUCUUUUAAAUUCGGUGGCCAACUUCUUCUUUGUGAUGUCCCACUGUUCGCUUAAUGCCUAUUUUAUUUCUAUUGUUAUCUAGAUCGUUUUCGCGGUCUUGUAGUGAUGUGGAACGUUUUUUUUUGUCUGUUACAAUUAUCCUGCUAGUUCAGUGCGUGUUCAACAUUCCGCACGAACACUGUUUCGUGUAAUCCCGUCGUAUUAUUUAGUUUAGAUAUUCUGUCCUCCAGUCUUUGUAAAAUUCCAAUUUAUUUAUGGGUAUAUUACUGUUGAAAAUACAUGUGCGUACAAAUAACUGUUCUAUUCUGUUUUUUCUUAUUCAUUUUUACAGAUCGUUCAUUAGAACCGUGUCGUUAUAUUUACGUAACACAACUCGGUAUUUGAUACUUCGGAUAUUGCAUUGAUAAUGAAACUAUUAUGAUUGAAACAAAUUACCAGUUUCCGUAAUACUAACAUCAUUGAUAAAAUGUUUCGAUAUAACUAUUGUUUUACUUAAAAUUGAGACUCUAAACUAGCACGGUACUUAUUUUUUAAAAUAUUUUAUCAAUACAAAUUUAGUAUAUUUUAUUUUUUAAAUUCUGAAUGGAACGAGUAUGUAUUAGUUUUACAAUGACGAUGUUUAUUUUUUUUCACUUUCAGAAAAAGUGAACAAUUUUUCUACAAGAAAGCAUACUCCGAUAACCAAAUAUAGCACCUUGGUUAUGUGUAGGCUUCUGCAGAUUUUAUUAAGAUUUAUCAAAUAUUAUUUUUAUAAUAAAAAGAUUUAUGAAACGUUUUAUUUUUUCAUAUUUUUCAUUUAAAUAAUAUUUAUAAAAUAACGGAUGGCCACGAGAUUUUCGUUUAUUAAAUAUUUUAAAAAUUCAAACAUUCGAAAAAACGGAUUCUCCUAACUUGCCACAGUCGGGUAUUGAACCCGAGAUUCUGUCUUAUCAAUCCUAACGCCCCAUUCACUAAACUACCUACCUAAUUAUUAAGAAGUUGAUUUUAUGAUUAUAUAAAUACAUUUCAAAAUAUUAUAAUAUAGGUACCUAUCUAUACAUUGACAUCUCGAAAUUGCGGACUUUUUGGGAACAGGAACUUUAACCUCCUCUGAAUAGUACACAACAGUGUCAGGGGGGUGAAGAGGGUGGUGGGGGACGUGCCUCUUUUGUUUUGUUUAUUAGUUAUUUCGGUGUAUUUUAUCGUUCAUCAAAAUAUAGUAACUUGCAUAGAAUUGACAAGUGCCCCCUUCCCAAAAAAAAAAAAAGUUGACUACGGUACUAUAUUAUAUAAUGUAAUGACCAAGUACAUUAAUAAUAAAAAUUUAAUUCAACUGCCAACUAUGGAUUACAGUUAUGUAUGGAGAUGACAAAUAAAUCUCGGUCGGCCCUUUGUGAUCUUGGCAUACUUUUGAUCGUAAUAAUAUUUGUUUAUAUUAAAAUUUUUUCCAAUUUGGUGAUUUCUGAGACGCAUAAUCAAUCGGUCGUUAGUAACGGUUGGGUCUAUACUCGGAAAACGCUAAUAUUGUAUCGAUUGUUUAUGCAGCUGCGGGCAAACAUGCAUCGAAACAAACCCGGUAAUAAACUGCUGGGUUCCAGCGCAGAAAAUAUAUAUCUGUACUAUUAUAUAUUAUUAUCAUGUCUAUGGUAGAAUAUCACAUAGAAACGUAGAAUUAUUUUUGAACCGUAUUAUAAUUGUGUAGACUUGUAACAAUAUUAUGAUCAUAUAUUCAGAAUUUUAUUUUAUUAUUUCUGAUGUGAUAUUACUAAUAUAUUCAGAAUAUUCUAUACAUAUUUCAUUUACGAUGUCUUAUUAAAUAUAUAUUCACAUUAUUACUUUACAAAAAAUGUAUUUGAUACACUAUCAAUAUUUAUUUAUUUAACUAUUUUUUUUUUUUUUUUGUAUAAAAAAUUUAUAUCAAUAUAUAUUAUCAUUACGGAUAUGCUAUCUGGGAUGGUGGCUUGUCGGUAAGAGGGGAUGAUCCUAAGGACCCAAUAAACUCACGAAGAAAAAGAAACUGGGUACAUAUAAAACAAUCACGAUUAUUAUUAAGAAAUUAGUUUAAUUUGUACUUGGUGAGCAUUCGUUUUGUAUUUGCAAAAGGUAAUAAAGGACAGCUCUUAUAUUUCUUGGCAAAUGCAAUAGGAUUAUUGCAAUUUCGCGUGUAAAAAAGAGCUGAUACUGGGGAUGGGAUCGGCCACUAUUAUAGGUGAGAAGUUGGGAAGGUAAGAUACAAAAAGGCUAUUUCAUUUAUAUCUGUAAGAAACGAUAAACCAUUGCUUGACGAAAGACGAUUCCGAGUGCAGUUUGGUUAUACAUACAUUUUGCGAUUGUGUAAAACAUUUAAAAUGAUUUGCGUUUAUUUUUGUAAAUCAUUCAGUUACCUACCGUUAUUUUUUUUAAAACUCAAUUUUAUUCAAAACCCCCUCCUCUUUUUUUAAACAUUUAUAUUAACCGAUAUCAUCUGGAAUAUUGAAAAAAAUAACGAUCCAACGACCGAUAAUAUUUAAUUACACCUAAUUAAUUUUCGGAACUGUACGAGGUAUUGUGUAAUAUAAGUAUAAUAAGAUACUUAACGAACUCAAUUGAGUACACACUACACGCGUGUCCCUUUGUAAAAUCCAUACUGGACGUCUGCCAAAUCACUUUCACAAGUUUUAUUUGGGUUAUUAAGGUUUUUUACGUUACUUUUAAAUACAGUUACAGGGCAUUUCGCCAAGUUGAUGUAGUCAACAAAACCUUACAGAAAAAAAAAAGUACAUAAAAACACCUCGGAUUCUGCUAAUGGUGAACAUUCAAUUGAAUCUAUACGAUUUCGACAGUCCAUUAUUAUUAUCUCCGGAUAAAACGUACCUGCAAAUAUAGGUACAAUAGUUCCAUGGGAACUAUGCGUUUCAAUCGGAAUUUCUUUUAAAGAAGUCCGGUAAAACUUUGAAAAACAAGUCGAAUUAUAAAAAAAAAACUAAAAGUACACACAGUGAAAACAGCUACUAACAAAUAAACAUUUUAGUUUUAAUCCCGCACUCAUAACAGAAGAACUUUGGAAAUUCAACAAACUAUUACAAAUGUAUACUAUUAAUACUUACAUACAAUAUUGUAUCACACCUGCCCGUCAUUAGUACUAUUAUAUAGGGUUAUUCUUUUAUCAUGUUUCUGUACCUACGAUUAUCUACAAUAUUGGUUAAAAAAAAUACUAUAAUUUGUAUUAAUAUUAAAACUUUUUGUAAACGAUCGAAUAAACGACGGCGGAUUACUAUAAAUUAUAGGCUAAUCUCUGAAAUAUUUAUAAAAAUGUAUACAACUUUAAAAUUGCUUUGUAAGUAAUUGUACUUAUAUUGUAUAAACAUUAAAAAAAUACGUAUACAUUUUUAAUAUAUAUAUAUAUGUAUACUUUACAUAGUUACUAUAUGUACCGGGUGAUCCAUUUAAGUGGGGACACUCAUUAUCCCGAAAAGUAUUAAAUUUUUCCGGAAUUUGUUUUCUAAAACAUUUUAGAAACAAGCUCUUUUACAAUUUUAUAUUUAUAUUAUUUUUUACCACCCUUAUUUUUGGGAGUAAAACCACUACCUAUUUUUGAUUUUUAAAUGGCGAUUUAUAUUAAAAAGUCCAUAAAUAGAAGAAGUAUUAAUUAAAAUAAAUUAUAGUGUUGAAAUUUUAAAUUUCUGUAAAGUCGUUUACGAGAUUUUCCACUUUUAAUUUUAGAUUGGAGGAGAGUAGUGGCGUAUCAUUUGUGUUGCGGUACGGUGCGCGGCGUGUUUUAUUUAUUUUAACUAAUACUCCUAUUUAUGGACUUUUUAAUAUAGAUUGCCAUUUUAAAAUCAAAAGUAAGUAGUGGUUUUACCCCCAAAAUUAAAGGUGACAAAAAAACAACAUAAAUAUAAAAUUGUAGAACUGCUUGUUUCUUGAAUUUUAUAGAAAACAAAUUCCGAACAAUUUAAUACUUUUUGAGAUAAUGAGUACAAAAUAAGUACAUGUGAUGAAUAUAAUAAUUUUGAUAACAGUAAGUACAUUAAAACAGAAAGUACAUCGUUAACACAUAAUAAUUUAAGAAUAAAUAUGAUUGGGGCCAAACUUGUUGAGCUGUUCUAACAUUCUAUAAAUAUGUGAAAAUAUGAUAUAACUAGCAUACUAAUAAAUGUAUAUAAAAUGUUGUAAUUUAAACUAUAAGAGAAAUUAAAGUAGACAGUCCAAGAUUAUUCUUCAAAAUUUAUUUUUGUUAAUUUAUUUAUGACUAUAACAUUAAUUAAUGCUUACAAAUUUCACUAUUUUAUUGAUUGUCACCAUAAUAGUUUAUCAAUAACUCUAGAAACCUGAAGUUACUAAGAAGUUAUGAGAACGUGGUUUAAAAAAUAUUAAUCAUACACUUGAACUAAUAUUAGUCAUCGAUUCGAGGUGGCUGCAAUAAAGUAAUUUAUCAAAGACGAGUUUAAACCGCUUUUACACGAAACGAGAAACUUUGCAAAUAUUUCAUAUUACUAAUAUGCAUAAGUAUCUAAUAACUUAAUACGUCAAAGUACCAAUAUACGAUUGCAUUAAUCGUAACGAAUUUGAUGAAUAUGGCAGGUGGGGAAUCAUUAUUAAGAUAUUUAUUUAAGAACGUUUAGGAUAGAUUAAAAUUAGGUUAAAUGAGGUCAAGAAUUAUAAUUCGACUAUAAAGGUCCCAUAUUGCAAAUACUAUAUAUACUUAAAAAUAUAGACGUAAAUGGCACAACCAGGGGAGGUGUUUUGGAUGUCUGGACACCCCCUACAUUCGUGUUUAAGUAGUAUAAAUAUGUUGAAAAAUGUGUUUUUUUAAAAUUUAGACAUGUGAAACCCCACUUAAAAAAAUCUUGUUUGCGCCACUGAUAGACGUAUACGCAGAGGCCGAAAAAUACCAACAGUCAUUAGCAGCCAUUCCGGCCAACUGGAGAAAAUUAAUUAAUUAUCGUUAAUAUUAAUAUUAAUUUUAUUAAUUAUCGUAAUUAAUAAAAAUCGAAUCCACACAACAGAUGAUCAAGUCAACGGACCCAGAGUAACAACCGAAAUUUAUCAAGUCAGUAGAUUAAGUGGGAAUAAGAAGGAGGAGACGAAGUACUUCUUUUUACCUAAGUUAAAAUUACCAAUCACCUUUAGUAUACCAGUAAGUCAACGAAUUGCGAGAAGAUACUUUAAUAAAUAUUGUCACUGAGACAUAUUUAAUGACAUUUUUUGUCUAAUUUUUUUUAUUAAAAAUAAAUUCUCUUACACUUAUUUAAUUAUGCAUAAUCAGUAUAUAUUUUACUAUAUUUUUACUGAUUAAGCAUGCGCGUUGGAUAAUUUUUGAGAGGGUGAAGUUUAUUUUUAAAAUCUGUUAUUAUAAAAUGUUUAUGAACAAUGUACGUGAGAAAAAAACUUUUUAGAAGUCUUGUCUCCAUAAUGAGCUUUCACAAAGUUUGGUUAGGUUUAGAUAGUUCUCGGAAACACCCCUCAAUUUCUGGUAAAUAUAUCCCUUUCGAAUUUUCGUCAGUUUAAUCACUGAAGAAAGUAUACAACUGAUCUUAUCAGUGUUUCGUAGAAAGAAAUAUUUCGCAAUGUCUCAAUAUAUUAUUGUCGAAGUGGGAUACAAGUAAUAAGCAUUUACUUGGUGAAACAUUGAAAAAGUCACAAAAUGGAGUUGCUUAUAACUAGGGAACGGAUUUAUAUUUACUUAAAAUCUGUAAAAAGCACUUAAUAAUUUUUUAAAAAAUCAACAGUCGUAAAAGGGUUUUGAAGUAUCUACUCUAACGGUUCUAACCCUAGUAAAUACAAUUUUCUAAUACUGACAAAUGAUUAACACCAAGCAUUGUUGUCUUUUUCGAAUACGUACAAAUAUAUUUGAGAAAUUACUUUGUAAUAAUCGUUUUUUUAUGUUAAAAAUUAUUUUUAAUAAUUCAAAAACAAUAAACGGGGAACCUUUUAAAGUCCUCUACCUUAACUGUUCUUUUAAAUAUUUUUUUAAGUGAUUUUUUAGGGCUUUUAUGACGUUUUUAAGCGCUUUUUUGUAUGUACAUAUAAAUCCGUUCCCUACUUAUUACAAAGAGUUAGUCACUUUCGUAUUAUGUAAGCCCUCUACUUACGCCUAAUGAGGAUAGUGAUACUAGAUCGGAGCAGGGAGAAAAAGAAAAAAAAAGGUUAUAAACAAUAUUUUUUCAUAAAAUGUUUAAACACGAGUACAAUUUUUUGAUAACAUGCAAUUUCCAACCGGAAACCUUGGAAAUACACCUCAAAUUAGUUUAAUAACUAUUAAGAUGAACAAACUUAUUUCCCAUUAUGAGUUUUUACUAUAGGUAAAUAUACACAGUAAUAUUGAUUCACAUUCAAUUUCCGUUAUAAUAAAGGACCUUUGUUGUUUGAUGAUAUUGUAUACCUACAAAUUAACAGUCAAUUAUUAAAACUUGCUUCUAGCAGUGUUUAAUUAAAAUGUUAACGAUAUAAUUAUAAACGCAACACGUAAAAAAAAAAAAUACAUCCACAGUUGUUCUAUUUAACACUAUAUUAUUACCACUUUUUUUUUUCGUAAAAAAGUAAUAUUACUACAAUAAAAUUUAUAAUAUGUUCAUAAACAAACUUUAUUUUUUUUUCUUCACUUUUCAUUGGCCUGUACUAUUUUCCAAGAGUUUUUGCCACGAUCACCAAAUCAUUUAAUUUUUAUCGGCCUUGCACUAAGUAUAUCUUUUUAAUUCCGCACCUCUAGGGCUCUAUCGACCUACAACUUCCAUCCAUUCAAUACUUCAUAAUAGCUGUACUGCAAUACAUUAUAUGUCUCAGUGUUUGUUAUAGUCAUUAUAUUCUCUAACUUUUAUGAAGCCAUUGAUUUUCACUGAUUUAAUCUUCCACUGAUGGUUGUCCAUACUUCACAGACAUAAUAUGAUUAUAUUAUGGUAGUGCGGGUUUUAUUACUAAUGUGUAGGGUUCGGAAGUUAUAGGAAUUGCAUAUUGUUUUGUAUGCUCUUGAUGAUGGUAUAGACCAAGAUAGAAAUCCAUUCUACACAAUGAAGAGUUUAAAAAUCGACCAUUUAAGAUGCAGAUUUUGAAUAUUUCGUCAAUUUUAGGGAAAGUGCAUAUUUCAUCGAUAUUCAUUGAUUUGCAUACAUAUAUUAUGCAUUUUUAAUAUUUUCUAAAAACCAAUAUUUUUUUCAUUCAAUACAUUUUAAAUAAUAAUAAAUCUUGAAUCUUGUAUGCCAACCAGUGACAAAACCAGAUUACGUUUUUUGCAUAAUUAUUUAUUUUUUAAAUUUCGAUUUUUUUUUUUUUUUUUGAAAAAGAAAGAUGCUAUUUCAACGUUUGUUAUACUUGCCUUUAUCAGACGAAUUUUUUUACUCAGCAGCAUACGAAUAAUUUACCAAAACAGACUGUCUAUUAUUAUAAUUUUUGUCCCUACGAUUUCUUAAUUAUUAUACAAGUACGUUUAUUUUAAUGUAACAUGUAACGUGUAACUGUAUCUGUUCCUUUUAUAACGAAAUUAUUCUGAAAAUUGUCUUAUAGUCAUACUUCAAUGCAAUAUCAGUGUUUUAUCGAAUAUUGGACCAAUAAUAGUUUAUCGGUAAUUGGAUAAAUAUUUAAGGUUUUAAACUAAAAUCGAGUAAAUAAAAUUGGUAAGACCGUCCAACCGUCAAUAAAUAAAACGAACUGUCUGUAAAUAGUAAUUCGCGUAUCAACACUCACAGGUAUCAACAAAAAAUAUCGUUAGUCAUUACGUACAAAUUGUUUUAAUUAUAUUUUGCUUAAGAAUAAUGUUCAAUUCUAAUCAUCUAAACAAUAAAUCCAAAAAAAAAAUAUAUAUAUAUAAUUAUGUUCUUUCCUGAAAUCAUUUUUUUUUUUUUCAAUCCGAUAACUGUAAUUUUCUAUCACAAAUAAACAUUUAGCCAUGUAGGUAACACUAAUAAUAAAAUGCAGGUUAAAAAAAGCACUAGCACGAUAUUAAUAUUCUAAAUUAAUUUAAUUUAUUGUUAUUAUACGAAACUAUGCAUAAUUUAAUAUAGUUUCUGUAAAUACUGUUUAUUUGGCACGAUUAAAAACAACUUUUGGAGGAAAAGUGCACAGGUUUUUCUUCUCAAUGAUUCUGUAUUACUGUAGAGUAAUGAUGUUCGGGAACUGAGGAAUCUAAAAAACAAACUAUCGUUAACAAAAUACAAACAAUUUACAUGUUUUAAGAUACGACGUAUAAAAUUUGAAUCACUUUACAUUCACCAAAAAAAAUUAUUUUUUUUUUUUUAAGUAAUUUCCCAGAAAAAGGAUUGAAUAGAUGUUUUUAUUAAAAUAUAUAGUACCAUCAAACGAAAAAUCGACAUCUUUUAAGGUAGGUACGAAAAAAUGAGUGCAUUCUUUCUUUUACCGAAAAAUAUUUUUCAAGAAGAAUAAAACACAUCUUUGCAAAACUAACAGUUUCUUCCCUACACUACAAGUACUCAUCUAUAAUAAUUUAAUUCUCUUUGAAAUAAAAUGUCAGUAAAAAAAAUUAAAAAUGAUGAUACGCAAAGUAAAAUGAAUUGUUCAGAAUGAAUGUUCACUGUGUGUAAACAAAGUUAGCAAACAAACUCGGGCCAAGUAAUUUUUACGCUUGCAGUAGUUUCAAAAGAAUAAGUUUUGAGAGGUAGGUAAAUUAAAACAAUUUAAAGAUAACCUUAUAUAUAUAGUAGCUCGGCCGUACAACGUUCUUUGGAAACUAACCAAAAGUAACGAAACUAUAUAGUAGGUAGGCACCUAUUAUAACGGUGAUAAUAUUAUUAUUUCACUUUUGUGAAAACAACGUGUCUUUUGUUUAUCAAUUUUACAACAGGUUCGUAGUUAUGAACGAUAUGAUUAUACGUGUGCCGUCCCUGAACAUACGUUAUUUUUCAUAUUAAUUAUAAAUACGUAGGUUCAUCAAUGUGUUGUUGUAUAUUUAAAUACAAUAUUAUUUAAUUUGGGAUCCAAUCGACUACAUUGUUUAUUUAUUCACAAAAACGAUCGUUUACGUAUUCAUAUUUUGAGGUUUAUUUUCAUUUUCAUUAAAAACAAAUGUAACUAUAACGCGUAGGGACGAGUAAUUUGAAAUGAGUUCAGUUAGAACUACAGGUACCAUCAAUAUUUUUUUUUAUAUAAAUAUAUUAUAAAUGGGUACCAAUAAUAAAGUAAUGUAUUUUAACUCGGGUUUUUUUUUUUUUUUUUGGUAAGUUACCUUUUAUAUUAUAUUUAUACAAAAUUAAAAAUAAAAUCAUUAAAAAAAAAAAAAACAUAAGAAACUUAUAAACCAAAAUAGAAAUGCACGCGUUAUUACUAUAAUUCUAUUAACGGACUUGUUGAUAUUAUCUCCUGUUAAUUCAAUACAAUAAUUGUUUCGUUCUCGAAUUCUCCGUUAUGAAUAAAAUAUGUAUUCAUUGAUUCAUUGUCCUGCGUUCGCAGCACGUAGAAGAAUAAUAUUUUAAAAUAACUUUCAAACACGAUAAAACGAUUAAAAUAUUAAAUCUAGACGUGUCAAGUAUUAAUUAUGAAAACAUAUUCGGUUGGUUAGCAUUAGGUUUACAUGAUAUAAUAGUACAUAAUUUUUGAGAUUAUGUUUAAUACUGAUAAAUUGGAGUUUAAUAUAAUUUAUUUCCGGUUAUAAACAGCAAUCAUAUGCUACUUACAUAUAUUAAACCACCUGUAUGUGUACUCUAAAUACGGUUAUAAAAGAAUUUUGAAAUUCACUCUGAAUAUUAUAUACCCAUUUAUUUUUAUCAUAUAACUCACAAAUCAUCAAAAUUGUCUCAAAUCGAGUAUAUACGCGAUUAUGUUCAUAGUGAUAAUAUAUCGAUCAUACUAAAUGCGACUAACAAAAUAAUAAACCUAUAAAGACUACGUUCGUUUUGUACAUUCCUAUACGAGAUUUAUUAGAUAAAAUUAUAUGAUAAAAAUCGGUUUAAAAAAAAAAAAAUGUUUUGUUGUACCAUUAAACCGCGCCCUAGGCUGCAUCCUUUUCAGCCUAUUGGUUAAUCAAGCCCUGACUCAGACGCGUUUUUAAUAUCAAUGGUCUAUCGAUGUUUUCAAUAAAAUAAACUUAAUCAACCCCCCCCCCGCAACUUCCCGUCUACAACAGUCAUUGGUGACCAACCCAAUACCCGCGAUGGCGCUAUGUGUGUCCGGCUUAUUUAUUCGAAAACUGGUAUUUCCGUGAAAUUCGAUUACAAUAGUGUUACGACGGUGUCUAUUUCGUCGAAUUCGAUUUUUUAAUUUACUCGUAGAAACGCGCAUCACACGAAAGUGUGAAUUUAUUAUCUACACCGUUUUAGCAGUCCUAUCGUCGCCACCGCGGUAAGUAUUAUUAUACGUUUAUACAAACGUAUAAUAUUAAUAUAGAAACUGCGACGGUUCAGUGUCGUAUCUAUUCGGCGUCUAUUCUAAAAAAUACCUAAUAGUCGUCCACACAAUAUAUAGAUACUCGUACACAUUUCGAUAAAACACUUAACAUAAUAUAAUAACAAUAUAUUCGUUCGGUCUAUACAAAAAAGACUACAAUAACACGUUUGUAUAUAAAUGUAUAUAGGUAUAUUAAAAAAAAAAAAAAAAAAACUCGGAGUCCAGUCUUACGGGGGGUCCCGACCACCAGUCAUCGAUCGAAUAAAUAUACGGACAAUUCCGGACGGUCGGCAUAUUCUUAUAAUAACUAUUUACCUAUACGCGGGCAUAUCCGAUGCGUGUUAAAGAGACGGUGAAAUCCAACGAACGAAAAAUAUAACGUAACCACUGCCGGCGCCUAAAAAGUGAUAAUAGCAAUAUUAUUGUGUUGCCCGCCUACAGGUGAAACUUAAACUUUUUCCUCUCCCGAGUCGCGCCACGCCGACAACGUCACGACGAGAGUAUUUCAUCGAUCGACGGCUCUACGACGACGGCAUUCACUAGUCAGCAUGAUCACUGUCCGUUUGAUCGGUUUUUGCUUGGCCCUGCAGAUCGUCGGUCCGGGCCCGGCGUCGUCAUCAUCGUCGUCGUCGGCCGAAUACGUGGCAGACAACAGCAACGGUAAUAAUCACGCGGAUUUAUCGUCGGGUAAGUCGUCAAGUUCAAUUUUAAAAUUAUAUUCACUACACCCUCUCUCACACACACACACACACACACACAUAUGUAUUCACUAAUUGAACGGUACGGUGCAAGAACCUUGUGGGUAUUUCCUUUUUAUUUCAAAAUUCGCGUUUUUCCAUUUUCCGAUAAAAAAUAAUCUUGUCUCCGGUUCAGUACAAUAAUUAUGUACCCGUACGUUAGAUAACCUAAUAUCAUACAAAUGGAUGAAAAAAAAGUCCGGUGUACAGAGGUUAAUGCAAGAAUCUGGUAUCUCCAUUAGAUUUGUGUGCCUCCAAAACAAUUUCAAAAUUUGCGAACACCUAGUUCUUGUACUGGGACUCUUUAAUUUUGAAAAUGCAUAUACUUACAACUUAUUUUAGGACGAUCUUAUACUAUGAAAUUUAAUAAUUUAAUGUCCAAGUUACAUCUAGAUGGCAGACUUUUUUUUUAGAUAUCUUUAUAAUGUUUUCGGACGAUAAUUAUAAUGUUACGAACAUAUUGUAUAAUAGUCUAUAUUUAACGUUUUGUACAUUGGAAAAUUGUAUAUUUCGGUACGCGUAGACAUAUAUAUUUUUAAAAGGCCUUGUUUUUUUGGAUAUUUCUACUAACCAUUUUAUACAGAAAAUUACAAUUAAGCGCACCUAUUUACCUAUGCUUAAAUCAGAUUUUUUAACGCUGUUCCACUCUGUGUGCGAUAUCGGUUUUGAAAUCUUAAUAUAAACGUAAGGGUAUAAGGGUAUAAUUUGUAUGCGUUUCCAGAGCCGAGAGCGAUUACGUAUCCGUGCAAAUGUGAAGAGAGCCAGUGCAGUUGUUGUAGUGGAAACCUUUUGGAAAACUUUAAUCUUAACUUUCGACAGCGGAUUUGCACCAACAUUUCAUACGUUCCCGAGGAUUUUGAAUUCAACGUGCGCAUACUAUUCAAUGAUUACACAAUAUAUAACCGCGUUGUUUCAGGUAUGGUAUUGACUAUUUUUGAAUGAGCCACUUUACCGCCAAUAAUAUUUAAUAUAAUAUUAUAAUUAGAUAUUAUUUACUAAAAAUAAUUUUUAAAAUAAGAACUUAAUUUUCCACAAAAAAAUAGCUAUAAAGACCAUAUAAAACUAUUGAAAGUUAGGAAGUAAGCGUAUAAACCAUAAAAUACAUUAAGAGCCGAAACAAUACAUCAAAAGGAAAAAAAAAUAAAAUUUAAACUUCAAAAUUGAGUUUACUUUAUAAACCAUUCAAAGUUUGUGCUAAAAAUAUGCCUGUCAUACAAUAAGAAAAAAAAAAGAAUUUGCUUCAAAUACGUAGUCCUAAAUAUAAUAUUAUUAUACAUUCGUAAAAUGGCGUGUAAUAUAAAAAAUACCAAUAGCAUAUUGGUAGUAACACCAUUGAUGAUCACCCACCGAAUGAUUUAAAUAAAUAACGGGGUUGCGGUUCGAGUAAAUAAAAUUAUCGUUGUGAAAUACAAAACGGGCCAUUAUACAUAAACUAUAUAAAAAAAAAAAAAUUAAAUAAAUCCAAUUCAAAGAUAAACAUAAUUAUGAUAUCCUUCGCAAAACAAACAAUAAAAUAAAAAGAACAAUUCAAAUUUAUACUUGAUCACGUGAGUGUAUCGUUGACGUGUAAGCGUAGACAAGUAGUAAAAAAAUGAUGUAAUGAAAAUUAAUAAACAUAACAAUAUAGUUGUUACAAAAAGUGGAAUUUUUAUACAACCAAAAUGAAACCCACCCCAAAAAAACCUCUAGCGUACGAUUUUCUAUUGACUUAAAUAAAAUAUAUUAUGCUAAUAAAUUUAAUUCAUUAUUUAAACCGAAUACGAGCUCAUAACAUUAAGUAUAAUAAAAUAAUGUAAAGAGUAGCUAAAAAUCAUAAUAUCUGAUAUAAUAUUCGUAGUUAACAUAUCAUAAUAUAAACAAUUUUUUUUUUAAAAAGAGUGAUUUAUUAUUUCUAAAUAGUUGUAUUCAAAAAUAUUGGUUUUUAAGAUAAUCAUAAAAUCUAAAAAAAAAAAAUAGUUUUCUAUAGGUAUAAUAAAACAUCCUAUUCUAAGAUUAUGUGACACGCUAUUUUUCCAUUUUGAAUACCAACAAUCACCGGGAUACUUAAACGGUGAAAAUGGUGUUACAUAUCUGUUCGUUUGAAAUUUUUGCGUAAAAUAAUAUUUUUGAUUAUUUUGAAGACUGAUUAAUUCUUUAGAAACCAUAAAAACAUCAAUUUGUUACAAAAAAAAAAAUUAAUAAUAACAACAAUUAGUUCAAUUAGUUUUAUUUGAUGCACUGAGUACGAAUAUCAUAAUUUUAUACUCCAGAAAAUAUUUAAAUUAUUUCUCCUAUCUUAAUUAAUAUAACGACAAUUAAAUAUACAGGACAAACAAAAUAGUUUAUCGAUUCUUCAAAACAAUAUGAAACACUCCAACCUAUUGGAAUAAUGUUUAAAACAAUGCCAUUAUGGAUUAUGUUUCAUUAUCCAUUGAUAAUCAAAAUAUUUUUUACCAAAACGUACAAUAAUUAUUAUAUUCUUUUUCGGAUUAAUUACAAAUUACUGCAGAAUACUGGGAACAUACAAUAUUUCAUUUUCGAUUGCAUUACUAGUAAGUAUUUAACUGCGAAGCUAAAUACUUGUAAUUCCGGAUUAACCCGGUUUUAUGAUGUACCUACCUAUAGUUGCACGUCAUCCCUCUCCCUCCCCCUCAAAGGUUGGUUAGGUAAAACAAUUUACCAGAGUAAAUACAAUAGCACAUUGUUGUUGGUAAGCUUAUCUAUUGUUUUUAUCUGACUACACACAUGCGUCUAUAAUACAGGCAGGUGCCACAAAUAGCUCAAACAAUGAAUUUAUUUAUUGUAAAUAUAUACAGAGAAAUCUUCGAUUAUUGUUGUUGGACAUUAACGAAUCAGUAGGUAGCAUUAGUUACAGUGGAAACAAAUCAAUACGCAACAAUUUGUCGGUAAAAAAAUUAUUAUUAUUAUUUUGAAUCAAUUAUUAUCAUUAUAAAAAUAUUAGACGUAUUAAAUAAUCACGAUUUCGUAUACUAUAAUAACAUGUCGGUAAUACCAAUUAUUUCUUUGUUUAAAUGAAUUACAAUUCACGCAAUAGUAUAAUUUCGACUUUAUUAUACAACACAUUUAAAUAUCAUAACCAUCAUCAAUAGCAUUUGUAACUCUCCGUCGCCAUCACAACAUCCCUCCAUAACUCCUGGUAUCAAAUCACUGUCUUCCGACCUUGCAUUCCUAGGUUCUGAAGAUAUCUUUCUAUUGCAUCUGACCACCUAGGCUCAAGCCCCCCUUGACAGUUAUAUUUGUAGUUGUAAUAAUAUGACUAAAUAAUGAUUAAAUUGAAUCGUCGUUCAAAUUGCGGUUAGACCAAUUAUUACGAUAGUCGAUAAUAUAGGUACUUAUAUCUUAUAUUGUAAUCUUAUCUGUGUUUUAUAUUUAGAGUUUAUUGUUAAAAAUUAAUAUACAAAAUGUUGCUCCCCCUUCCAAAAAGAAAGAUCUUAUAUUUGCCACUGCGUAAUACUACAAGUAAAAGUGAAAUUAAAGUGUGAAUAAUAAUACCGAAUUAAAAUCAAAACACUACUGAUUUUUUCUACUCUAAUUGGAAUGGGGAUCAAAGAAUUAUUUUCAAUGUGAUUUUCAACUAAGUAGUCCGUAAAUUUUCUAAGUUUUUCAUUAAUUGAUAGUAUCUCAGCUAAUUCGAAAAAAAAGCAAUCGCCGAGUGAUUGCGGAUCUAGAAAUUGUAAUCCAAAUAUAUAUACGUCAAAUAUUCACAUAUUUCUGUUUUUUGUUCAUACUCAGCAACUAGCAAAAUUGCUAGUUGAAAAGUUGUGCACAGAAAAAUAAUAGUAAUAUUUUCCCAUUUUUUCGGUUUUCAAAUUUGAUGAGAAAACUCCUGAGAAAAUCAACAAAUUACUUCCAUAAAGUACCUACCCACACCGAUUUCCUUUCAAACAAGGUGCUACACUUAAAAAUCUGAGCAAGUCUUCUGGUAGAAAAGUUGCGCACAUGGAUAAAAAAAAAACAAAAAAAUAUCUUUUUAAAACCAUAAGCUUCUUUCCUCCACUCAGAAUCUAAAAACGAAUAUUGAACAAAUAGUACAUAUUAUUUAUUAGCGUUUAAAGUUUAAAAGAGGGCGAUUAUACGGAGGUAAUAAAACAUUUUCACUUCUGUCUGUACUCCUCAUGUAUUCUCAUCUAAACUUUAAACAUGUACAAAUAAUAUACUGGUGGUAUUUAUAAAUAUGUCGUAACCAUUUCGUGAAAUUGAUAUUUUCAUGAAAAUUUGUGUGCAUUAGUUUAUGUACAAGUGUAUCUAUGCGUAAAUACAUGUAUUUUAAAAAUUUGAUUGGCUUGUACUGAAAACUACACAUAAAUGACUUGAGUCCUUCUUCUCUAAGAUUAAAGUUAUUAUAAACACCAAAAACUCGAUUUUGACGUUAAUGAACCGUGGGGUCUAUGAAGGAUGUUUUAGUAUAGACAAUAUAGGUAUACAAUAUUGGAAUCUGUUUACAACGCUUCGGUUUAUACUACCGGUAUAUAUUACAAUGUGUACAUACCUGUAUUAUUAGUUGGUAAUUAAAGCAGAUUAUAUGUUAUUAUAAUUAGAAUCCGACAUCCAUCAAUACGUUACAAGCCAUUGUACACCAACAUCUAGUUUCGUCUAUUUCCCUCGUCCUGAUGUCUGAAAACCGUACUAACUUUUGCAUAUAGAUGUGCUUAUAUUGCAUGUAUUAAUAUUAUGACCUCAAAAUCAUCAUUUACUUAAACGGAUGAUCUACCCAGAUAUCUAUUAUACGUUUGUUUAAUGUUUAUUAUCGCAUGUUACACAAUUACUGUGUUUGUUAUUAUAUGUUUGCGAUCGUGGUCCAAUUAUUACGAGUGUAUAUUGUGCACGCGUAAUAAUUAUUAACAAACACAACGUAAAAUUAUUGAAACUUUUGAACGAUCAUCAUCAGAAAACUUGUAAACGCAUAUCAAAAAUAACACAGUCCUGUGACCACUUUGCUGUUUAACCUUAUGUUUCAAUAUUGAUAAAUUUUAGUGCGCUGAAUCAAAAUCUAUAAUUUGUUUUUCUCUAGCACGUCUAAUGUUUUGUUAACACGGAUAACAAAAAUUAAUUUUUCUAUUAGCGAAUUAAAAGUUUGGGAUUUUUAUUAGGGCGACAAGGUGAUUUUACUAAGUUUUUCUAAGUUUCUAGAAACAAACAAUAUAAUACGUUAUGAUUUAGUUGAACCAUAAAAAAUCGUGUUAGUUUCUUUGUACAUAAUGUUAGGUACCUAAAAUGAAACUAUCUGCACAGACCUUUGAUAAAAAUGGAUAUUGUUUUCAAUAUCUUUACAAUAAAUGUCUUAUUUUAUCUGAAGCGAAACUCAAAGAAAACAUAUUUGAUAGCUCACAAAUAAAAAUACUCGUACUAAUGAAAGACACUACAUUUAAAUAUAAUAUAAUAAUCAAUGUAGAAAAAAAUGUAUAGUUUUAAAAGUGUGAUAUCUAAGUUUUUAGUUAAUACGAAAGAUCCAAAUUAUGAAUUCAUUGUAGCUGAUUUAAUGGAAAACUUAUGAAUUUACUUUUCAAACAUGCAUAUUGACUAUUUUCCGGAAAAUUUAGCUUAAUUAAGUGAAGAACAAGGUGAACGAUUUCAUCAGGACAUCAAAAAGAUAGAAAGGCGAUAUCAAGACCAAGAGACAUAAGUAUAAUAGCCGAUUAUUACUGCUGGUAUUUAAAACGUGAAACUGAAAAACAAAAUUAUAAAAGAAAAUAAAUGAAUUUAGUUUCUACGAACCUGCAAAAAAAAAACUGUCAACAUACAUAAAGAACUUAUUUUUUUAAUAUUCUAAAAUAAAUUAAGUCACACCAAAUUCAUAUUUCACUUUAAUUUAAUUUAUAACAGUUAAAAAUAUUUCAGAUUAAUAAUAGCGUUCAUUAUUCUAAUGUAAAUAUUUUCCUCCAAUGUAAAUUUCAAUUAUAAAAAAAGGACGGACAUACUUCACACGUGGGUGCAGCCACUGUUGUAGAUGGGGAGUUGGGAAGGUAGGAUGCAUACGGGAAUUUAAUUUAUAUCUGUAAAUAACGAUAAACCAUUGCUAACGAAAAUAAGAUUCUGAGCGGAGUUCAGUUUAUAGUGUUGCUUAGUAAACAAUACAAUAUAAUAUGGUAUAUGUCAUAUUAGGGUAAAAUGAUUACAAGGUACGUUUCCACGACAACAAUGAUUGUUUGAAAAAGAUUAAAAUAAAAAAAAAUUAAUAACAAAAAAUAAAUAAAAACAGCUGCCAAUAAUAACCUUAUUUUUAAUCUUUUAAUAUUUUUUAACCUAAAGACCGAGAUUACCCUCAUUAUCUCGAAUAUUAAUGAGGAAAUAAAAAACCUCACAUUAGACAGAUAUAAUUUUUAAGUUGAAAAUUCGCUUGUCGAUGACGGGGUAAUCGUUUACAAUAACCCUAAUAAUUUAUUAGCGCUACCUAAAAAACAAAAAUUGUAGGUUGUGCUAAGAAAAUCGUGUUUAGUGUUUUCGUGUAGUAUUAAUUAGGCAAAACCGGGAAAAAACAUAAAACUAACGGAAAAGUUUACGGAAAUAACAGUUAAUAACGUUAUUUUAAAAUUUGAUUUAUUGUUUUAAUUCUGUUAAAAAUAAACUUAAAAAGUUACUAAUUUUAGUUUUUUCUAGAAACGGUAAAAUGUUUAAACUAUUCUAGCGUUUUCUGAGCUAUUUGUAAACAUUUGGCAAUUUCUAGUUUUUUUUUAGUUUUUAUUUGGAAUUAAUGGAUAAAAUAUUUGACUAAACAAAAAUGAUUAAAAAUUUAAGACAAGUUUCAUUAUAAAACUCACUUUUCGUACCCAACUUGUAAAAAUACAUAAUUAUUCUUCUUUUCCCAUUACCGUUACUUCGGGCGUCCCAAAGGUGGUCAUCUUUCUCCUUGACUAUUUAACGUAUUUAUUAAUGAUUUGUCCCAAUGCUUUUCAUCUUGCAAAUUUUCGUUUUUCGCUGACAACCUGAAGGUAUUUAAUUUUAUAAUUGACACAUCUGACUGUCUAAAUCUCCUGAGAUGUCUAGAUAAUUUCCAUGAAUAGUGCCCAUGUAAUAGCUUAAUUACAAAUAUUAACAAAUGCAAUUAUACAUAGUUUUUCCGAACGCAUUCACAUAUAAACUUUCAUUGUUCUAUUAAUUCCACCCCUCUAGUUUCUGUCUCUACUAUAAAAGAUUCAGGUGUUAUUUUUGUCACCGAUUUAUCAUUUAAUGAAGACGAUUUGUCUUAUAAACCGUGACACUAUUGGUUUCUUUAAUAUUUACGCAUUAAACAUAUGGAUUUAGUUCGUUCGGAGCUCAAAUACGCUUCUAUUAUUUAGUCAACUCGUGAUUAUCUUAUAAUGAUCGGUUAAAUAGAGUACAAAACAAAUUCUUAAAAAUGUGCUCAUUUUGUUUGCCGAAUUAACAAUAAUAGUUUUAAAUCUCUCACCGAAAGACGAGUUGAGAUUGGUGUAACUUUUAUUUAUAAAUUAUUAAAUAAUAAUAUUGAUGCUCCAGAUUUACUUUCCAAAUUAUCAUUAACGGUUCCUUCUUUUAAUCCUCAAACUCUUUACGUAGCCCUUCUUGAUCGCGCUUGUCGCACUAUUAAUAAUUUAUUUAAUAUCGAUAUUUUUUUCGAUACUUUGCCAUCUAUUAUUAAUAAAUUGUAUUAAUGUUGUUGCCUUAACUUAUUCUUGUUAGAUUUGUUUCUUUUUUUCUUACAUUUUAUUCUUAUUUUAUUACUAAUUAUCAAAAUCUAUAAACGAUUAACGCCCUCAAGGCGUUGAAAUAUAAAUAAUAAAAAAAAAUUUCAAAUGUUAUUGAUUUAAAAUUAUGUAGUAUCGUACUGUAAAAUUUUGUACAAAACUUGUAUGGCAUAUUUAGAAUAUUUUUUUUUUUUAUUUGACUAUUAUUCAAUAUGAAUAUUGUAAAGUAUGUAAAUUCCCCUUUUUUCAAUAUGGUAAUAAUAAUGGAGGUAUUAAAACCUAUAAUUAUUAUAUAAAAUCAUCCUAAAUACAUUUUUAUAUACUAAAACCCUAGAAAACAGACAUCCUUUAUAGUAAUUAUAGUAAUUAUAAAUUUAACAAACGUACGGUACCUACCAGUAAUUUCCUUUUUAUCUCAGCAGUCUCUUAUAAGUAUUUUAAUCCAUUUCAUAUUGCUGUUAUUUAAAUCCCUACAGUGGCGGUCCUUUAACAUCCUAAUAAAGAUCGUAUCUGUUUUAAUUGGACAGUAAAAACGAUAUUUUUUUUAAAUUUAAAUAUAAGAAAUUAUAAUCAAAUUAGUACUCGAUAUUUAUCUUAAUAUAAAAAAAAUAACAACGAAUCUUCAAAUUAUGUUGUAGUCUAAUAUACGAUGGUUAGCCAAUUUAAAUCGAAAUUUUACAUCGUUAACUGUGUCCACUAAUGUAAUGAAAAUAAUAAUAGUCAAAUCCAAGUGAUUUUUAAAGGUAAAAUACCUAUUAUCCAAAUAUUAAAAUAAAUUAUACUACCGAAAUCAGUAUAGUUACUUAAUAAUAUUAUUAAUGUUAUACUAACGACUAACGAUUUUUUUUUUUUUGCUUUCUAUUCGAAUCGACAAUACACGGAAAUUAUUAAUAAACAAUUAUGAUUGCAACCAUUAUGUCACGUUAAGCCAUUGAGUUUGAAAAGGUACAUUCGUUGUUAGAUGAGUUUAUUAGGUCCGGUAAAUGACUGCGACGCACAAUUUGCUACAAAACCGUGCAUUAUUAUUAGAGUGGAGAAUUAUUUCCGGCGUAUUAUUUGACUAUAAUAUAAAUUGUAAUUUGUGCGAAAAAUUACUAUAAACGCCCACACGCGUGAAUAUUUUAAAUACGUGUGCGAUCCCUCACAGUGUGGAGGAUAGGAAAUACGGUGUAUUUUCCUCUCACUUCAUUUUAAAAAUGUUUUUUUUUUUUUUGCAAACGUUUACUCAAACAGUUCAGUCAUUUCACCGCAAACAAUAUUAUUACAUGCCAGUUGAUUUUCAAAUAGUUUUAGCAUUUACCUAUUUGUUUUCAAUUCACGUCAUAUACUCGUUUUACGCAAUCCAAAGCAAUAACUUCACGUAUUUAAAAUAAUUAUUUAUGCAUUUUUAUUUAAUGUUUGUCUAAAAACCUACAAGUAGUUGUAGGUCUAUAGUGAAUAAACUGCUCAUAAUCCAAACAUUAUGUAAUAUUUCUCUAUAAUAUUUUAUAGCAUUUGAUGUUGUUUGUACACAAGCUGCUAUACAAAUAAUGAACCACUAAAUGCUCGCCAUCUAACUCAUAAAAUGGCAAACUUAAAAGUGUAAUAUCUCGUUGAUAGAAACUAAAAAUGUCAACAACAAAAUUUGUUUAAAUUAAAAUUUCGUCUAUUUAUGGAAUUUGUUCUUUGGGUUGCCAUUUAAAAAUUUAAAAUAUGUUAGUGGUAUUAUCCGCAAACUUAAAUUGGUUAAAAACAUUGAAUUGAAAAUAAUUCAAUAAAUAAUAAAAUAGCCGUGACGAUAUAACUGAAAUCGAUCAUAACUCAUCUUAAAAAAAUUCUGAAAAUUAACCUAAAGAAACCUAACCUAAAUGUUUACACGUAAACAUCUUGAGAAUACCACAAAAAAAGCCCUCCCGGCCGAUCUCAAGAUAUUACAUGUCCACAACUCUGCUAACAGUCUACCGAACAAAACCAGUCGUAAUUUAAGUUUUAAUGAGUAUUUACAAUCAUAGGCGUGGCCAUACUUCAUCAUAUUCAGCAUAUUGACAUAAAAUAACCAGUGUCAAACAAAUUUCUGGUAGCUUUUCACGAAGUAAAGUGACCGAUUGCAGCCGGACGUCAUGUGCAUUAUUUAUUUAAAGAGUUUAUCAAUACAAUUUUUUUUUUUAUUCUUAAUAAAUUUCACAAGAAAUAGGCGAAUAAUUAAAAAAAAUAUGUUUAUAGAGUAAGUGGGGCUCUGCGUGACACAAUUUUAUAUAAUAUACCCGCUUUCAUUAUAAUAUAUUCGCGUUAUCAGUCGCUGACUGAAAAUUACACAACGAACACGAUGUAAGCUAUUACUCGAUUUUAUUUGAAUUAUUCUUUUCCACAUUGAACACAAUUUACGGUGAAUAUUUCAUAAGUUCAAAAAAUAAAUUUUGUUAAAUGCAAACAUUUCCGAUUCAUUUUAUAAUUUAGUCGUCUCCCUGCAACAUGCCAACAUGUGAAUAUUGUAAAUCACCUCCUACUUGUCGAUAAUAAAAAAAAAAGUCAUUAUAAUAAUACACGUCGCUUCCUAUAAAUAUGUCCACAAAUUAUUCUUCGGUUCCAGAGAAGGAAGGCUUCUGGCUUAAAUCAAUUUUGUAAGGAUUUCAAUACAAGCGUAUUCAAUUUUAGAUUCUGAGCGAAGUGAGGAAUAUAUUAGUUUUACAAUAGUGUUCAUUUAUUUUUUUUUUAUACUGUGUACACAAUUUUUCCUAGCAAACUUGCUUCGAUGUAUCAAAUGUAGCGCCUUUUCUGAAAGAAAAUUUCAUUUAGUUGAUAUUUUAAGGAAGUCAUUUUUUUGAUUUUCCAAGGGGUUUUCAUAAUAUAUAAGAAAAACGUAGAGAUAAAUGAACAAAUAUUUACGUUGUAACGAUUUUAUGGUUUUAUAUUUUUUAACUUAUGUUUUCUUCUAAAUAUCUUGCUUCAAUCAAAAAACGACAAGAGACCUUUAUUAUCGUAUAUUAGAUCUUAUUCCUUAAAAAUAAUGUGGUUUUUUGAUUUUCUGUGUGUUUUUAUUAUUAAUUGAACAAACCCGAAAAAACGUAGAAAGAACAGGAAAAUUUACGAAAAUAAUGCUUUUAUUAUUUUAAAUUUUGAUUUUUUUUUUUUUUAAUUCAGUUAAAAAUAUUCGUAGAGACAUAAAACAUGAAAUUUGGAUAGAAAACUUAUAUUUGAGAAAUUUUAUACUUGCCUUUUCUAGACGUGGCAACAUUUGCAAAAUAUUUGAAGCAUUUUUAAGCUAUUUAUAAACAUUUUAAUUUUGCGAAUUUUUUUUGUCAUUUUUAUUCGAUAAGUACUCUGUGGAUAAAAUUAUUAGACUAAACAGAAAUGCUUGAAAAUUCAACAUGAGAUUCAUUUUAAUUCGUACUUUGUAGUAAAAAAAAAUUUAGAGUAUAUUGUAGUAUAGUUUUUCUUUAAUAAUAAUUUUAAUACCUAAUUUUGAUGUAAAUCGUAAAUAUUACGGCCUUUCAAAACGCGUGUAACCGAACUCCACUUAGAAUCGUUUUUCGUUAAAAAUGGUUGAGCACAGAUAUUCAUUGAAUUCCACUCUAUAUCCUAACUUCUCAACUUCUCACCUUCAACAAUGACCCACCCAUCGUGCGAGAUUGUCCGUCUUUUUAAAAUUUUUACAAGUGAAAAUUAAAUAUUUAUAAUUUAGUCUUAAAUAUUUAUACUAUUAAUUUCUUAUGCCAAGUAAAUGUCUGGUAAUAAAUGAUGUAAAUAUUAAGUAGUUUCAAGAUAAUCGCACUUACGCUAAUUUUAUUUUAUAACUUACAUUAAUCUUUAUAUGAACUCAUAAUAUAGUAUUGAAGGUAAAAAAAGUAAUUAUUUAUUUUAAUAUUAAAAAUAACUGGCUAGGUUUUAUCAAUAGUAAUAAUAAUAAAAUAAUAAUAGAUAAUUAAUAUUAAUUGAUAAAUAAAUAAAUAAUGUAAUAAUAAAUGGAUAAUAAACCUUGCUGAGACAACUUGGAAUAAAAUUCGAUUACACUUAUAGCCGCAUCUCCAGUUUCGUUAUUCACUUCACUGCAUAAGUCUUGGCAUUGUGUGUCUUUGCUACAGUUCUUUUAAGGGUUAUUCUUCCAUUGACAAACGCUAUCUACUUGCAAGCAUGGCACAAACCGAAAAAAGUAAAUGGCAUAUAACAAACAAUAAUGAAAUAUCUAAUUUAUUUAAAAGGUUUAAUUGAACAUAAGCCAAAUAAAUCAAUAUGUUCUAAAUGGCUUAAGUCAUAGGUAUGUGGUGUAUAAUAUGCCUAUUAAAAUAUUUUCAUUAUAUCAUGUGUUAGAAUAUACAUAUAAGUAUAUGUUAUGUUAUUUAGAUUUUAAACCAAAAAUAAAUGGAAACGAAUCGCAAGGAAGACAUAAUUAUAAAAGAAAAAAAUAUAAACCUCAUGGUCAUUUUUAAGAAGCUGUAUCGAUAUUGUACGUCACGUUUGAUUUCAAGUUCCAUAUACUUAUGUUACAUAGAUUUUAAACCAAAUAUAAAGGGAAACGAAUCACAAGAAAGACAUAAUUAUAAAAGAAAAAAAAAGAAAUCUCAUGGCCGUUUUUAAAAAGCUGUAUCGAUAUUGUACGAUACGUUAGAUUUCAAGUCUCAUUCAAAUAACUGCAAUUUAUAUCGUUUUGCUCUGCGGCGGCCGCAGUGUUAAACGUUGUUCAUAAUACAAAAAAAAAAAACGACGAUGACGUGUACAAUUAUUAUUUUUAGAAUUAAUUAAAAUCAAUAUUUUUUUUAUGUUUCAUUUAUAUUUAUUAUAAUGAUAUCUAUUUGACACGACUCUGCGGGACGAUAAAGUAACAUUAAAUACUUAUAUUGCUUACCUAUAUUUAUCGUAUUUCAGAAUGAAAGAUUCUAAAUACAUUUUUGAAAAUCAAUUUAUUUUACGUACUGGAUUUUGGUAGUGAUGUUCUGGAAUUUCAUAAGUAGGGCAUACGCCGAUAUGUUAAUUCAUAAGUAUAUAGGUACUUUAUCUAACUGUUGUAAAUAAGUUGUUUGUCAUUAUUAUUUAAUAUCAACGAAUCUAUUGUUUAGUAUCCAAUGUUGUUUAUUUGAUUUGAUACAAUUUAAAACAAUAUAGAUGUACUACAAAUGAAUUCGAAAAAUAAUAUUCAAAAGACGCAUGCAAGCUUAUAAUAUAAUUAUGCCUAGAAUCGCUCAUAUUCUGUGAUGCAAUUAACUUAAACUAGGUUAUACAUUUUUUUGAACAUUGAACUCUAACGUCUCCGUGUUUUUGUGCAUUGGCGCACAUAGAGGAGUAAGGCUAUUUAGGGUUGAGCCCCUAAUAACUUAACCGAGGUCCCCCAAAUCAAAUCCACAUUAAGUAAAAACUAUGUGUUCAUAACCAAUAUCAUAAAAGCUGCCCAAAAACAAAGUUUGUGCUUAUGAUUUGUGAGUAAAGUUUGAUUUCAAAGAUUGUUACUUCCCCUGACAAGAGGACUUAGGCACGCUAAUAAUAGAGGAGGCCGCUAAAAACAUUCAAAAGUAACGAAAAAAAUAUAAUUAUAUGUAUAACAGACAUAAUACAAAGCAAUUGUAUCUAUUUUCGAGGAUAAUUCGGCAAAAAAGUCAUUGGAUUGUCACUCAUCUCCGAAGCAAAGAAUCAAACUGCUAGGUACAUUGUGUUUUUAUUUGGGAAAACAACAAAUUUUAGUCGUAAGAUUUUUUGAACGUAAAAAAUAAACAUAUAAACUGGUUUUUUUUUUUAAAUUGAUUAAUAAAGUUAUAAGUUUUAAAUUAAAUAAGAUUAAUUAAUAUGGUUAUUACCAGACUAAAAAGAGGGCACAGUGUAUGUAAGUGCGUUUCUUUAUUUCACUGUAACUAUUAAACGCCUGAAUUAGUUAAGAUGGUAUAGUAUCAUUACGUUACUCCAAAUAACAUAGACCAGGUUACCUUUUAAAACAAAUUAAUGAAAUAAAUUAAUAAAUACAUUUUUCUAUUUCAUAUUAUUUCUAUUUUGUUCAUUUUUACCAGAGUCAAUUUUUUUGAUUUUUAUUUAUUAAUAUAUUUUUUUUAUUAUCUGUUACAGGCCGAAACCCUAGGCCGAUAUGUGUGCCAAUUUUCCCGCCGGCCUGGACUCGCAGCCGGGUUUGCCUAAAGUUCAGCGACGUUUACUUUGUGGGUCGGAACGUGCAUGUAUGCAUGAGCAUGGAGGCACAGACCGAGAAGAGGCCAGUGCUCGCCUUCAACUUCAAUUGCGUGCGCAUGGGCACCGCUGGCGUAGCACUUCUGAAACCAGAAGACGGUGGAGGCCUGCCAGCGCCACCCGUGCCCCAGGACCCAACGGACGACACUCAAGCCAUCGUCACGAGAACCACGUGAUAACAGAUGGACAUCUAACAUCUGAUCAGAAUGCUCUGCACAAUAAAAUUGUGAUAAACGAUGCUUUUUGAAAAUUGUAAAUAAUUUAUAUUUUAUUAUUAUCAUAUAUUUGACAUAUAAUUUAGUUAUUUCAGUGUUUACCACUAUAAAUUGUAAAAACGUCACUCGACGCAUUUUGAUUGAACGUCUACGACGGCUAUAUUCAUGGUCUUAGAAUUUCAAAGCUAUCUCCUGUGUGGUAAACACACACAGUCACUUAUAGAAACAGUUUUAAUUCACUUUUUUCCCAUUAUUUUCAGAGAGCACUUCAAACCGAACUUUAUUGAGUUUGAAUGUCUAAAAAUGUCAAAAGUUUAAAUUUUUAAAUUUAACGAGUUUUUACAUUUUAUGUUUGUAAACAAAUAACACUACAACUAUUAUUUAUUAAUUAAUUAUAAUUAUAGCUUUUAACCCUAACCUAACCUCAAAACACAAAAAGUUCCGCUAGUCGUACUGUCGCCAAAACAAUGGAGACAAUGGAUAAAAUAUUUACCGACACUGGGUCUCCAAGUUGCUGCAUUGGUACCCUUAGUUUUCCGACCUUAUAUUUUAAGAUCAUGCAUAUUAUAGUAGAAACCACCGUGUCUGAUGGUAAUACCAAAGACACACCAGUAAAAAAUUAAAAUUAAAAAAACUAAAACCGAAAAUUUCGGUUUUAUUAACGGAUUUAAUUUUUUUGUUUGUGUAAACUGGUGGUGGUACCAACAUGUGUAGUUCUGUGACACUUAUUUAUUGUUUGUAAAAUGAAAACGUGUACAUAUACGUGUACGUAUAUUAUAAUACAUUAUUAAUAAUUGUUAUAUAUUUUAUAUAUUUUGUAUUUAAUAAAUUAUUGUUCGUUUACCGUU